CUGGGAUGUGCAGAUAUCAGCCGAGACUGCCUAAUGAUGUACUUUGAAGGGAAACCCCCAGCCAAUCAAUUCCUGUGCCGAGCGUACCUCUGUCAGGGCCAGCUGAAGUCUCCACAGAGCUUUGGGAGUGUGGUGAGGACAAACGCAACUAAAAGUCUACUCGUUUGUGGUUGUUCAGCGAUGUUCGAUCGUCUCAGCGCAUCUGCUCUGAUAACCAUUGGUUUGACAUUUUAUAAUGGAUGAACAGAGACAACCUUUGUGACUCUAGCAGCACUGUCUGUAUUUUCCCAUAGAACCAGCAGCUUAGCAUUGGUUCCUCUGGUCUGACCUCUGCAUACUUCCAUUUGAAGCUCUGGGCCCGGUUGCAUAAAACACCUUAAGUUAACUUCCCCCUUAUCUUUUCCCUUAAAGUUUCCUUAACUUUAAGUCCGUUGCACACAUUUUUUAAAGGUGAAUUUCCCCCUUAAAAUAAGUGAAAAUGUUAAGGGUGCCCAUGAGGUCCCUUAACUGCUUAAUUCAGUAUGGAUAUCAAUGUAAACAGCAUUUGUGGAGGUGAAUGUUGCUUUCAUCUGCUCUGGUUACAAAAGGAAAACAUCAACCAGCUAGCUACUUAGCUAAACAAUGGAAGGUGCACAAUCCAUGGCUACUGUAGCUGGCUAGUUAGCUAUAGCUACUCUGUAGGCUAGCUUGAGGUACUAGAAAGUAAUAUAAACAAGUUGAGAAAAAAAGUAACUACAAGAAAUGUGGUUUAUUAUCUUCUGAAUCAAUUUGGUUAUCCUGUCUUGAUUGUAGAAGUUCUAUUUUGCUAUCCAUACAAAAUGAAAGCAAUCUGUUUGAGAGAAGUUUAGUCAGUGAAAUCAGGCCAUCUCCAUGGAAACCAGAUACUCUUUCUGCCAUACAUACCUUCAAACUACCGUAAAACCCCUUAAGAAUGCCCUCAACUAAGGAAAUAUUUGAGGGGCUCUAUGCAACGCCCUUAAGCAAUUCCCUUAGGUAAGGGAACAUUAUGCGUUAUCAUAAAACAUCUGAAGUUAUUUUUCCUCUCAUCUUUUCCCUCAAAAGUUUCCUUAACUUUAAGUCAGUUGCACAAAACAUUUUAAGGCGAAUUUCUCCCAUAAAUUAAGGGCCCAGUUGCAUAAAACAUCUUAAGUGUUUCCCUUAAGGAAUCAUUUUCCCUUACCUAAGGGAAUUGUGUAAGCAUAGUGUUGCAUAGAGGCCCUUAAACAUUUCCUUAAGUAAAGGCAUAUUUUAAGGGUUUUAUGGUAGUUUGAAGGCAUGUAAAGUAGAAAGAGUAUCUGGUUACCAUAGAGAUGACUUGAUUCACUGACUGAAUGUCUCAUUUACAUUACAUUACAUUUUAGUCAUUUAGCAGACGCUAAAUUAUUUUUUUUUUAUACUGGCCCCCCGUGGGAAUCAAACCCACAACCCUGGCAUUGCAAACGCCAUGCUCUAUCAACUGAGCUACAUCCCUGCCGGCCAUUCCCUCCCCUACCCUGGACGACGCUGGGCCAAUUCUGCGCCGCCCAUGAGUCUCCCGGUCGCGCCCGGCUGCGACAGAGCCUGGAUUCGAACCAGGAUCUCUAGUGGCACAGUUAGCACUGCGAUGCAGUGCCUUAGACCACUGCGCCACUCAGGAGUCUCUUCAAAGAGAUCACAUUUAUUUUGGGUUAUUGCAAAAUAGAACUUCUACAUUCAAGACAGGAGAAACAAAUUGAUUCAGAAGAUAAUAAUAACGCGUUUCUUUAACUUUUUUCUCAACUUGUUUCUAUUACUUUCUAGCAAGCCAAGCUAACUUACAGAGUAGGUAGCUAGCUAGCCAGCUAGCUUUGUAGCCAUGGAUUGUGCACAUUCCAUUGUUUAGCUAUGUAGCUAGCUAGAUAUCUAUUUAGCUGGUUGAUGUUUUCCUCCCUCCACAAAUGCUGUUUACAUUGAGAUCCAUACUGAAUGAAGCAUGUAAGGGACCUCAUGGGCACUCUUAACUUUUUCAUUUAAUUUAAGGGGGAAAUUCACCUUGAAAUGUUUUGUGCAACUUUAAGGGAAAAGAGAAGAGGGAAAUUAACUGAAAAUAUUUUAUGCAACAGGGCCCAGAUCUCAAGCUUUGAUAGAAAUACGAUGAAUGACUCAUAUAACAUAAAUCUAUAGUGUUUAUAAUGUUAUUCCUCCUCUGACUGUCUGUUAUUGUGAUUUUUUCCCCCUCUUUCAUACUCAUGAUUUCUCUCUUAGGAGGAGAUUGAAAAGGCUGUGAUUUAUUUUCUGAAAGCUAUUGAGAUUUCAAAGGUCAAACCAAGGUAUGCAAUUUAACAGGAACCUGUUUCAUAGGAACAUGAGUCAUUUUCCUGUCUCCAUAGUUGACCAAAGUGAGCCGUGCCCACACUCUUUGUGACAGAAAAAUUGAAUUAUUUAUUUGAUAUGUGUUCCGUCUUUCAUAUUGUCUAGCACAAAGUGGCAUCAUGUCAGUCUAUGUUAAAAGAGAUCAUAGAGGGGAAAUAUUCACAGGAUGACGAGAGGCUUAGGUGGGGAGUAUGGGGGAUGAAAGUUUACUCUGUUGCUGUGGCACAGAAAUAUCCAGGAGUGGGAGACUUAGUGAAAAUGUAGGCCUUUAUCGAUGUAGUUCAUCUCUUGGUCCACAAACAUAUGAAACAAAUAUGAAGUUGCUCUUAAGAUUCAUAUUUGUUUCACAUAAUAUUCUCCCUUAAGUGUGAAAAGGCUAGCCAUAAGCAAAUAGCAAAGCAAUAAGAAUAUCAAACAGAAUUAUCUGCUGGUUUAUAUGCCCUGUGACUGUACACAGAUAUGUUAUGAGAUUUAUGCAAAAAGGUCUACAGACAGUAAGAGGUGCAUUAUGAAGUCAUAAUAUCAUAUAGGGCCCACAGAGAUCCUAUUAAAUUACAGAUCUAAUAUGUAAUUAUAUGUGUCAAUAAAGGGCUGCCGGAACGAUCCCAAUUAAGACCAAAGGGAAUGCCUAACACAGCCCAGACUAAUGUACGCAGUCAUCCCUGGUGGAUAAAUUAGUUUGAAUAUGUUAGAAAAACUCAAAUAAUCUCUGCACCCUUUUUAUUUGAUAAAUUCCACCCUCAUGGCCUGUAAGCCAGUAAUGGCUGUACUCCAAAUGGAGAUUUACAAUAGGGCUAAACUCUCCACUGACUCAUUGAAAGACUGAUAUACUGUACUGUGUAUAUUCAUUUGCAAUUCAUAGGAAUUUCCAUCCCAAAGUCAACACUUGGCCUAAAUUAAAAUGUACUGUAUAACUGUACUAAAAAGAUCAGAUAGUGUUUUUCUGCUGUGUAAAUUAUUGAUCUGUAAAACAGUUUUUCUUCUUUCCCUCAUACUCUUUACUUUCGGGCAGAUACCACUUUUUGGUAUUCAAUGCUUCGGUGCUCUACUUCCAGAUGGUCCGGCCGCUCCUGCGGCCCGGGCCACGCCAGCACCUGGUGCCCACCCUCACUCAGGUGGUCAAGGCCCUGGAGGAGGUUGGGGAACCAGACUACAGUUGGAGGGCUCAGCUCAUGCUGUAGGUAGCUCUAACUGUCAUGCUCUGUCUCAUCAUACACUAACAAUCAGUAAUGCCAAAUGCCCCUCAAUUAUGACUCGGAACAUUUAUGAAUCAGAUUUUUUAAAAUAUAUUUCAGUACAACGAUUUGUGUUGAGGUGCAGAGUAUAUUGAUUGUUGUAUCCAUUGUCUCAACAUGCAGACACCUUGUUGAAUGCCUUGUGGAUGCUGGGAAAGGGGAAGAAGCUUCUAGUUUUGCCAAGGCCACCUCAAACUUCAUAGAGUCACAUAUCCCUGACCUGUAUCCAAAAAUAUUUUCCCUACAGGUAAAGCCUUCUCUUUUUUAAUGUGCUGACUAAAGUCAUGAACUCCUUUUCGGAUGUGGUGUCAGGUCCUGGAAAGACACAACCAGCGUCUCACUUGUUUUGACUGUCUUUGGGUAGAGCAUGGUUACAUGUGGGGUUAAACUGGGUAGUUCUAUUUAUCUACUAAUACAAUUAUGUUGCUCCUAGGUACGACAUAAGCUGUUUGACUUCAAUAAAAACCCCAAGAAAACUGAAGCAAGUCCUGUUUUAUCAGUCAUCUACAAAAUGCAGAAGCUCAAACAGUAAGUGUUUCCCCCCCUUUAUCUAACAUGAUAUUAUUUUGUUCAAUCAACUUAAAAGUUCUUUGUCACUUAACUUUUCCAUGCCCCGUUGAUCGUCUUCGUAGGCUCAAUGUUUUUUGAGGCAAGAUAUCCCCAGAGAUUACGCAUCAGAGUAUGUUUAUUUUCAAAUGAUGGAUCUAUUCUGUAUCUUCAUUUAUGAGACUGAAAAGCAAUAACCACAAUAACCGUUAAAAAGUUGCAGCUACGUAUUUUGAAAGUGCUUUUGGGAUUAGGUUGUGAUGUGUAUAUUGAUAAUAUUUUGCUUUGAAAAUGCAUUUGAAGAAUCAUACUGCAGGCACUGUUAUUUUUUCAAAAGUUGUUUGCAAGAAGCAAAAAGCUUUGAUAUCAUUAUUUGCUUUUUGCUGAAGAGUUUUAGGCCUACACAGCCAUACACAUUGUGCCUUUUAAAAACUAAAAGGUUAUUGUUUGCUGUGGUCUGUAUGUUAUUUGUUUUCCAUGGUUUAAGAGUUGAGAGUGGGCAGUUCUUUAUAAGUGGUCCUAAAGAUCACAUUACAUAAGUUGAUUUGGACCUUCUGUACUCACUGGACCUAGGUCAUUGGGUUAGUGAUAUGCGGUCUCUCAGCUAGACCCGGAGCAUCUCAGAGGGGACAAGGUUAUUAGACCGCUGAUAUUUAUUACCCGUUAGCUUUUGGUACUACUGAGAGGAAGACCAGCACCCUCUCCGCAGGCGUGUACUCUACAUGUCAGACCAUCUCACGGUUAACAAGCUGAGCUAUAGACAUGGGCAGCAUGACUCAUACCAUCACCCAGACCCUACCAUCAUUAUGAGAAUGAUAUACAGUAGGUUAACAUGCCCUGGGUUCAGUGUGUGUAUGUGUGUGUGUGCACUAACAUGCAUGUGCUUUGUGUGUGUUCAUUCUGUGUUCCACAGUAAUGUUAAUGAUCUUUGUGAGGCCAGAAAAGAGGAUGCUGCCAGGAUUAAGGAGAUUUUCCUGCUCCUUAUGCAUUCAGCUGCAGCCCAAUCCCCUGCUACAGCUCAAAGCUCCAGCCCUUGUCUUGCAGAGAGCCCCUCACCCAUCCCUCCAGCUGACAGGUCUACAUCUCCUCUCCUGUUGCAAUACUUACUAUCAUCACUACAAUUGGCCUAGUAAUUGGCCAUAUUUUGUUUGACUCUAUUGACCUGUUGUUGAAUUCAUUUGAAUUGAUAGUCUAUCUUCAACACCAAUACAGUGGCUUUACAUCUCAGUAGCAUCAGUCUGAAUAUUACAUGGCUAAAUAGUUUUUUACUCUUACAGAUGAUCAAAGUGUUGUGAAUGUCUUAUGAAUGUCUCAUUAACCAUGUUAAUCUUAUAAAUUGUUUCUAAAGAGUUGCCUUCCUCCUGGAGCUAGCUUUUCUGGCCUUGCAGUUGAAACAUCACCAGAUGGCAGCGGACUGUCUGAGAGAGCUGAAAACAGCGGGAGUCACUGUGAGUGGCGGCCAGUCACAGAUAUCUCUAUUAUCAUGUCUCUAUAUGCCAUAUAGAGUAAUGCAAUUAUGCAAACAUAUGCACGUAAUUGACCCAAUUUCUCAGUCGAGGUCUCGACAAGAGACUUGAUUAGCUAGAAGAGCUGGGGCCCAAGAGGCCCACAUAUUCCCUUUACCCUCAGUAGUAUUUCUAAUACAUUCAGUGAUUCUACAUUACAUGUGUAAUGGGGCAGCAGGUAGCUUAGUGGUUAAGAGCGUUGUGCCAGUAACCGAAAGGUCGCUGGUUCUAAUCCCAGAGCCGACUAGGUGAAAAAUCUGUCUGCAAGGCACUUAACCCUAAGCUCCUGUAAGUCGCUCUGGAUAAGAGCAUCUGCUAAAUGACUCAAAUGUAAAAUGUAAUGUGUGGUUGGAAAUGGGUAUUGGGGUAACUUCAAUACUGUGAUUCAACUUGAGCCAUCUGGGCCCGUUUUCACAGAGCAUCUCAAAGAAGGAGUGCUGAUCAAGGAUAAUUAUUAUCUCAUUUUGAUCAUAAUGAAAACGAUUAUGGACAUUGGGGACCUGAUCCUAGAUCAACUCUCUACUCUCAGACUCUGUGAAUACACAUGGCUGGUCUCACUAUAAUUUAGCAGUAGAAAUGCCAUUCUCCUUACACGUUUUGUAUUUCACGUUUCAAAUUCUCUAUUUGUAGAGUGUUGGCCAGUGCAUCAUGAUGGAGUGUGUCCAGUGUGACCUGGACCUCCAGAAGAAGCAGGAGGGGUGGAUGAAGGACUAUUCCAAAGCCAAUGUGGAGGUGCCCUCUCCUGUGCAUGAAUUAGCAGCAUCAAUAUGCCAGUUUGCCACCCAGAACAUAUUACAGUACAUCAAUACAGUGUUAAAUGAGCUCAAAAGAGCCUUAUACCUUUAAAGCCUGGCAAUGUUCUUUCCAAUGCAGUGUUAUUUCUAAUGCAUUUGUUCUUUUGAAUUCAAGCCAAGCUGUGGAUGUCAUUGGAAAUGUGUGUUGUAGUAUCAUGAUGUUAUUAUAUAAUUAUUAUAUUGGUAGCGUUAUUAAAUAUAUUUUUUUUGUUCUGUUUGGCAGUUCUACCUGUGUUGCAACAGUGUUGCACCAUACUUUGUAGAAUCUGUAGAUUCGUUAGGCAGUCCUUGCUGUAGUUGUUGCCUGGUCCCUUAGGCCCAGCUGAAGGUGAUAGGCAGACUGGACAAGGUGCUGCAGAGUGCAGUAAGAGAGGAGGAUGCCAAGGUGAUGCAGGCGGUGUGUGCCUCACAGUGGAACGCCUGUCUGCCCCUCCUUCAACACAACCUCAGGAGGAAUGUCAAGGGGGCGCUCCUCAAAGUGGCCCAAGUCCUGGAGGACACUCACAGGUGACUCACACUCAAAGAGGCCAUUAUGUGUGUGUGCACUUUCAUGCCUGCAUGUGUGUCCAAUCUAAAGUGUUAACUUUGUUCUUUCAGUGUGCAGCUGGAGAUGCGCUGUCAGGUCCACAGUGAGCUGGCAGUGAUUGAGGAGGAAGAGGGGAGGCUGGAGCCUGCUCUGCUCCACCUCCAGAGGGCCCUGCUGCUGGACGAGAGGGGCGUGCACCACGAGCGCCUCACCUCAGCCCUCAACCUCCUGCAGCUCCGCGGCACCCUAUAUCAGACCCCCAGCAGGACAGAGGACCAGGCUGCCAUGCUCAUCCAACAGGUCUGCUGACCCCUUACACUCAAUACAAAGCAGGACUGGGGAGACUUGACCUGACUUAACUUACUGUAAGAUGAAACCUGACAGUAGGGUGAAGCAGACAUUCAUUAUAAUUUCUGUGAAAUAUAGCUAGUGAUGUUCCUGAUAGGCAUGUUUGUUGUUGCCCAAGUGUGUGAUGAAAAGUCAAACUGUGAUGAUAUGUCAAACUGUGAGAUGAUCAGUCAAUUGGUAACAUGCUUUGAGUAGACAUCAGAGUUGGCCUGCUGAGAGGAGAGAUCAUAGUAGGUGAAAACAGCAUGGGUGUCAAAGUCUCUCUGUCUGUCUGUCUUUCUCUCUCUGUCGCUCUCGCUCCAUCGCUCUCUGUCGCGCGCUCUCUCUCUCUCUCUCUCUCUCUAUUUGUUAAAGGCUAAGAAUGGGCAGCCACAGGAGGAGGUGAGAAAGAGACGGCCUAUGCUGGUCAACGCAGGCCUCACCCUGGCCCCCGACGCUUUCCAGGUGGUGCUCGACGCAGAUAGCACGGCAAAAAGUACAAACUCCUUCCCUUGAACUAUCUUUUUGAAUAGCCAUUUCAUUUUAGAAUGACUUUGAUGUAGUGUCUUUCACCAGCCAUGUAUAGGAUUGCCUAAUCCUGCUAUCCAAAGCUCACGUUUGGUGAUAAAGGUACCCUCAAAACUAAGACUGAGUUUGGAGGGCGCUUAGUUGGAGAGAGAGGCUUACUUACUUCACAGCCCAACAUCCAAGUACUAGAACCAUUUCUUGGAGGAUUUGACUGACUCCUUGUUUCGAUAUGUCUGCAUGACAAAAUCCCUAUAGCUCCGAUGCACUGGAUCAUAGAGCCUAUGGAGUCCUGGGGCUAAGGGGCUGGCAUGCUUUGAUCUCUCCCCUCUCGGGCUUCCAGGUGCCCAGGAUCAAGUGAACACUCUGAUGCCUAACAACCGAGCCAAGGCCCUGCCUCUGACAGCCAGGCCAUGAGACUGGAGCUGACUAGCUGUUUAUACAGGCACGGGUCAGGUGUGCAGGUCACGACUACUUUUACCUAGUGAUACUUCCUGUGUUACAACAGUAACACCUCAAGCACAAGCUGGCUUUUGAGGCCUAAGACAAAGAAACCCAAUGAUGAAGCCGUUUGAACAUCCAAGCAACCCGAGUGACCCCGGAGAUUGGAGAAAUAUGCUGAGCAUGUGCUGAAGAUGAACAAAUUAAUAAUAUAAUGUAGUUUUUGUACCAUUCUGUUAUUGGCCCCCAGACUGUCAUCAGCAAUGUGCUGUAGUGAGAUAUGUCUGGCUGUCUGUGAGCUCCGCAAGCGAGAGUAAGGGUCUAACCUGUUGCAGACACAGUUGUGUGGAUCCUUUGUUCAGAGAUGUAAUAUUUUGAUUUCUGAUUAAUCAGCGAUUCAGCUUUUUAUUUCCCUGAUUUUAUGCCAAUCACAACACUGUUUGUCAGGGCUGGGAAGAGUCUGUGGCAAAUUGCAGCCUCCCUGGAUUCGUUCUAGUUUCAAAGUGAUUGUCCAAUAUGAUGGACUAUUUAUCACUAUUCCAAUGCAGUUGGUUUCUUAAUGUAAAUGUGUAUUCAAAUGUGUUUAGUCCCCUCAGGCACCAGUGGACCUGGUGUGGCUCAUCUCUCUGCUAAGGCUCAGCACCACUCUGCAUGUGUUGAGAAGGUACAGGGACACCUGGCCAGACAGAGAGCUGGCAAGAAUGACAGGGAGAGGUGUGUAUUAUGUAAAUAUGAGUGAAUGUGUGUGUGCAUACGUGUUUAUGAGUGAGUGAGUGAGAGGGUGAGUGAAUGAAUGAGAGGGUGAGAGAGAAUAUAUCAAGGUUUUCUAUGAACAUGUGCUCUUGUCUUGAUAUCUUACAGGCCUUAACACAAAUGAGUGCACAUGGUGCGUAAUCAAAAUGUUAUGAACAUUAACCAUUUGGUAGCUAGCGACUUUAAAUACGUUUCUAUGUCCUAGGACACUGUGAAGCCAAGCUGAACUAUGUGGCUUAUUCAUUUUUAGUGCAUAAUACUGAUACUGAAUAUCAUUAGUAGGAGGUUUUUCAGGGUGAGGAUAUGGAAUGAUGUGUAGCAGCACAACCAGCCUUCCACCAGGCUUCACUAAUACCCUGUAGAAUAAACACAUAAAAAAGGCAUGGCAUCACGGUGGGGGGAGAACAUACAACCAGUGCGGUCGAACUAGCCAAAGGAAACAUUUAUUAUUUAGCAUUGCCCAAACAAACACUUUUCCAAUACAGAAUGUUCUCAUGGCAGACUCCUACCUAUGGGAAAGUAUGGAACAUUUUAUUUGUUAUUUUUUUCAGGGUGAAAUUGUGGGCAGCCUUGGCAAAGACAGCUAGGAAGCAAGAGGUUUGGGAUGUGUGUCGAGCUGCCUGUCGUUUCUGUCUGCUCUACGAUGAUGGAAGAUGGAAAGCUCCUAAAUCAGACUGUGAGGAACUUUCACUUUGGCAACAGAAGGGAUAUAUAUAUAUACACUACCGUUCAAAAGUUGCAAAGAAAAAGCCAUAUCUCAGACUGGCCAAUAAAAAGAAAAGAUUAAGAUGGGCAGUCUGAGAUAUGGCUUUUUCUAUACAACUCUGCCUAGAAGGUCAGCAUCCCGGAGUCGCCUCUUCACUGUUGACGUUGAGACUGGUGUUUUACAGGUACUAUUUAAUGAAGCUGCCAGUUGAGGACCUGUGAGGCGCCUGUUUCUCAAACUAGACACUAAUGUAUUUGUCCUCUUGCUCAGUUGUGCACCGGGGCCUCCCACUCCUCUUUCUAUUCUGGUUAGAGCCAGUUUGCGCUGUUCUGUGAAGGGACUAGUACACAGCAUUGUACGAGAUCUUCAGUUUCUUGGCAAUUUCUUGCAUGGAAUAGCCUUCAUUUCUCAGAACAAGAAUAGACUGACGAGUUUCAGAAGAAAGUUAUUUGUUUCUGGCCAUUUUGAGCCUGUAAUCAAACCCACAAUUGCUGAUGCUCCAAAUACUCAACUAGUUUCAAGAAGGCCAGUUUUAUUGCUUCUUUAAUCAGAACAACAGUUUUCAGCUGUGCUAACAUAAUUGCAAAAGGGUUUUCUAAUGAUCAAUUAGCCUUUUAAAAUGAUAAACUUGGAUUAGCAAACACAACGUGCCAUUGGAACACAGGACUGAUGGUUGCUGAUAAUGGGCCUCUGUACGCCUAUGUAGAUAUUCCAUAAAAAAUCUGCCGUUUCCACCUACAAUAGCCAUUUACAACAUUAACAAUGUCUACACUGUAUUUCUGAUCAAUUUGAUGGCAAAAAAAUUACUUUUCUUUCGAAAACAAGGACAUUUCUAAGUGACCCGAAACUUUUAAACGGUAGGAUAUAUAUAUAUAUAUAUAUAUAUAUAUAUAUAUAUAUAUAUAUAUAUAGCAAGCAUAACUAAUUGUAUCAAGAGGAAUUUAUUAUUAAUCCUAGCCCAGGAAACCUAAGUAGUGGGAAUCUUUACUCUGGAGGAUUGUAGCGUCUGGUACGCUUUGAGGUUACAUUUACAUUUUUAAAAUGUUUUCACAGCCUAAUUGAUUUCUCAAAGUCAGUCUAUCCACAGCGCUCAACUGCUUCAUUGAAAUCAUUAUGGGGAUAUAGAAUAAAAUCAUCUUACAUGUUUAUUUGGGUGCAAAUGAGUUAAUUAUCAACCAGUGCUAUUGAUAACUAGCAGGUGGCUCACUGGGUAGUGUCAGCGGUAAUGGAGAUUAGUGGAGGAGGGAGGAGAGACUGUGUUGUUUACGGAAGCUCUGAUGCAUAACUGCACACGCUCACUCUGGCUCACUCGAUACCCUCUGGUCCCCAGGUGAGCGCAAGGCGGGGGACGAGAGCCCAGUGGAGGGUGGACUCCAUGGUGACGGGCGUCCAUCGGCAGGGCGACUGGCCCAGAGUGCGGAGAAGGACCUGCUCCGUCUGCUGGCUGAAGUGUGCUUCAUCAAUGCUGAGGUCAGAUGACCACCUUUGACCCUUGACCCCUUUCUCUUAAUAUGCUUUUUUUCUACAAGCGUCACAGGACUCAUCUGAAGUCAGUACCGCCGAUCUGCCAACUUCUGUUUGUAGAGUCCGAACGGUUUGGGCUACACAUGAACAUGUACAUGUCGGUUGUUUUGCUCAAGGACACCCACAAGCCUCAAGACUCGUCUGAAGGUAGUCUGGUACCAGUUAAAAAAAUUAAUGAAAGUAGUUUAGUGCCCAGUUUUCUGGGUAGAAUAUGGGUCCAAAAAAAUAUCAAUAAUUUCCUGAUCUUUCUUAUAUCUCUCAGAUAUUGGACACACACUUUAAAACAAACUUCCUUUUGAUUUAUUUUUGACUAUCUGUUUUUCUAUGUAUGAAUCUGUUAUUCAAUGCGUUUCUAUAGGCUAAUAGCAGUAAGGCCAAAUUCAGUGUUUCAUCAAAUAAUGUUAAUUCUAAAAUCCAAAAUCAAAUGGCUGCAUGAUCCUUGGUAUGACCAUCUUAAAACAAUUCCAUAUGUUAGCUUAGUAGAACCCCCCCUCCCCCUCAGUUCUCCUGACCACACACUAUAGUCACUAUGACUUUUCUUAUAGACAAUGAUUGAAUCUAUUGAUGCAAUUAAUGCAAAGUAAAGACAAAAUACCAAUAUUAGCAGUAGAGUGGCGCUGUGGGAUUUAAUCAGAUUGAGCCCAGCGGAACAGAGGGGGUGUACUAUGAUACGAGAUAGAACAGUUAGUGAGCUAACUUUGGUCAGCUGAGUUCAACUCGGGAUAACCGGGCACACGAAAGUGACUCACCUUUUAUGGCAACGAAUCCUUCGGGAAACUAACCUGCUCCGGGGCAGACUAACUCAGGGCUAACUCCACUUAUUCUGAAUGAAAUCAGAUUCCCUCUCGCAAAGAUGGCGUCAUCAUCCCCUUCGUUUGAGGAAGACGACUGAUUUAAAGGUAGAGUCAGCGAUAUGAUGUAUACUGAACAAAAAUAUAAAUGCAACAUACAACAAUUAAAAAUAUUUUAUUGAGUUACAGUUCAUAUAAGGAAAUCCGUCAAUUGAAAUAAAUUCAUUAGGCUCUAAUCAAUGGAUUUCACAUGACUGCGAAUACAGAUAUGCAUCUGUUGGUCACAGAUACCUUUAAAAAAAUGGGCCUCACAAUGGGCCUCAGGAUCUCGUCACAGUAUCUCUGUGCAUUCAAAUUGCCAUCGAUAAAAUGCAAUUGUGUUCGUUGUCCUUAGCUUAUGCCUGAACAUUCAAUUCUCUGGCAACAGCUUUGGUGGACAUUCCUGCAGUCAGCAUGCCAAUUGCACUCUCCUUCAAAACUUGAGACAUCUGUGGCAUUGUGUUGUGUGACAAAACUGCACAUUUUAGAGUGGCCUUUUAUUGUCCCCAGCACAAGGUGCACCUGUUUUGCUAGCACAGACUGGAAUAUGUUCCGGGAUUCUUCCGAUAGCAUUGAGGAGUACACCACAUCAGUCACUGGCUUCAUCAAUAAGUGCAUUGAUGAUGUCGUCCCCACAGUGACCGUACAUACAUACCCCAACCAGAAGCCAUGGACUACAGGCAACAUCCGCACUGAGCUAAAGGGUAGAGCUGCCACUUUCAAGGAGCGGGACUCUAACCCGGACGGUUAUAAGAAAUCCCGCUAUGCCCUCCGACGAACCAUCAAACAGGCAAAGAGUCAAUACAGAACUAAGAUUGAAUCGUACUACACCGGCUCUGACACUCGUCGGAUGUGGCAUGGCUUGAAAACUAUUACAGACUACAAAGGGAAGCACAGCCGCGAGCUCCCCAGUGACACAAGCCUACCAGACGAGCUAAAUCACGUCUAUGCCCGCUUCGAGGCAAGCAACACUGAAGCAUGCAUGAGAGCAUCAGCUGUUCCGGAUGACAAUGUGAUCACGCUCUCCCUAGCCAAUGUAAGUAAGACUUUUAAGCAGGUCAACAUUCACAAGGCCGCAGGGCCAGACGGAUUACCAGGACGUGUACACCGAACAUGCGCUGACCAACUGGCAAGUGUCUUCACUGACAUUUUCAACAUGUUCCUGACUGAGUCUGUAAUACCAAAAUGUUUCAAGCAGACCACCAUAGUCCCUGUGCCCAAGAACACUAAGAUAACCUGCCUAAAUGACUACCGACCCGUAGCACUCACGUCUGUAGCCAUGAAGUGCUUUGAAAGGCUGUUCAACACCAUUAUCCCAGAAACCCUAGACCCACUCCAAUUUGCAUACCACCCCAACAGAUCCACAGAUUAUGCAAUCUCUAUUGCACUCCACAUGAGAAUGCUAUUAAUUGACUACAGCUCAGCGUUCAACACCAUAGUGCCCUCAAAGCUCAUCACUAAGCUAAGGACCCUGGGACUAAACACCUCCCUCUGCAACUGGAUCCUGGACUUCCUGACGGGCCGCCCCCAGGUGGUAAGGGUAGGUAACAACACAUCUGCCACGCUGAUCCUCAACACGGAGGCCCCUCAGGGGUGCAUGCUCAGUCCCCUCCUGAACUCCCUGUUCACCCAUGACUGCAUGGCCAGGCACGACUCCAACACCAUCAUUAAGUUUGCUGACGACACAACAGUGGUAGGCCUGAUCACCGACAACGAUGAGACAGCCUAUAGGGAGGAGGUCAGAGACCUGGCCCUAUUUGCAUUGCCCCCCCACCCCACCCCACCCCAACCCCCUCUUUUACGCUGCUGCUACUCUCUUUAUUAUUUAUGCAUAGUCACUUUAACUCUACCCACAUGUACAUAUUACCUCAAUGACCUCAACUAACCGAUGCCCCCGCACAGUGACUCUGUACUGGUACCCCCUGUAUAUAGCCUCCCUACUGUUAUUAUAUUUUACUGAUGCUCUUUUAUUUUUACUUAUCUAUUUUUUACUUAACACUUUUUUAUUUUAUUUUAUUAAAAACUGCAUUGUUGGUUAAGUGCUUGUAAGUAAGCAUUUCACUGUAAGGUCUACACCUGUUGUAUUCGGCGCAUGUGGCAAAUACAAUUUGAUUUGAUUUGUGUAAUGAUUAGGGCUGUCCCUGACAAAAUCUUGGUCGAGCGAGAGUCGUCUGUUCUUUAGACCAAUUGAUUGGUCAAAAUGUUACGUGUAUUUUUCCAUAUAUAGACACGUGUUUUAAUUAAAUCAACUACAGUGCAUUUGGAAAGUAUUCAGACCCCUUGAAUUUUUCCACAUUUUGUUACGUUACAGCCUUAUUCUAAAAUUGAUUAAAUACAUUUGUUUCCUCAUCAAUCUACACACAAUCCAGUUUCCAUUGAUCAUCCUUGAGGUGUUUAUACAACUUGAUUGGAGUCCACCUGUGGUAAAUUCAAUUGAUUGGACAUGAUUUGGAAAGGCACACACCUGUCUAUAUAAGGUCCCUCAGUUGACAGUGCAUGUCACAGCAAAGUGGAUAGCACAGAUCUGGGGAAGGGUACCAAAAGGUCCCCAAGAACACAGUAGCCUCCAUCAUUCUUAAAUUAAAGAAGUUUGGAACCACUAAGACUCUUCCUAGAGGUGGCCGCCCUGCCAAACUGAGCAAUCGGGGGAGAAGAGCCUUAACCUGAUGGUCACUCUGAAAGAGUUCCAGAGUUCCUCUGUGGAGAUGGGAGAACCUUCCAUAAGGACAACCAUCUCUGCAGCACUCCACCAAUCAGGCCUUUAUGGUAGAGUGGCCAGACAGAAGCCACUCCUCAGUAAAAGGCACAUGACAGCCCACUUGGAGUUUGCCAAAAGGCACCUAAAGACUCUCAGACCAUGAGAAACAAGAUUCUCUGGUCUGAUGAAACCAAGAUUGAACUCUUUGGCCUGAAUGCCAAGCGUCACGUCUGGAGGAAACCUGGCACCAUCCCUAUGGUGAAGCAUGGUGGUGGCAGCAUCAUGCUUUGGGGAUGUUUUUCAGCGGCAGAGACUGUGAGACUAGUCAGGAUCGAGGGAAAGAUGAACAGAGCAAAGUACAGAGAGAUCCUUGGUGAAAACCUGCUCCAGAGCGCUCAGGACCUUAGGCUGGGGCGAAGGUUCACCUUCCAACAGGACAACAAUCCUAAGCACACAGCCAAGACAACGCAGGAGUGGCUUCGGGACAAGUCUCUGAAUGUCCUUGAGUGACCCAGCCAGAGUCCGGAUUUGAACCCCGAUCGAACAUCUCUGGAGAGACCUGAACAUAGCUGUGCUGCGACGCUCCCCCUCCAACCUGACAGAGCUUGAGAGGAUCUGCAGAGAAGAAUGGGAGUAAAGUAAAGGGUCGGAAUACUUAUGUAAAUGUAAUAUUUCCGAUUUGCAAAAAUGUCUAACAACCUGUUUUUGAUUUGUCAUUAUGGGGUAUUGGGUGUAGAUUGAUGAGGGGAAAAAAACAAUUUAAUCAAUUUUAGAAUAAGGCUGUAACGUAACAAAAUGUGGAAAAAGUCAAGGGGUCUGAAUACUUUCUGAAUGCACUGUAUGUGCACUGAGCUUGUCUGAUGCUUUAAGUGGACUGUUUGAUGAAAUAAUUAAGACACACAAAUGACUAAAGGGAUUGUGCCGCCUUGUUCAAACUUGCUGUGCUAAAAAAACUAAAACAAAAAACAGCGAGUGACUGUGUGACUAGCACCCGUUGUCUCUCUCCUCCCUGCUGCAGCGACCACCACAGAACAUCAGUGUGUAUAGCGCUGUCCGUGUUGCUGAAGCUGCAACAUAAUUACAUCAAUUUCUGACUGAAAAGUUGUGUUACCGAAAUCCCUAAUUUGUUUAGGAAACACAUUAAAUAUUCCCUCAACCCUUGCUCUCUUUACGUGACACAUGUAUGCUUCGCAAUGCACGUGACUAAUAGAGCCUGACCUAUAGCAUAAUCAUGAUCACAUCAAUAAAUUGGUUAUAACAAACUCUGAACAACGUAACACCUGACAGCAAAAUGGAUGCAGAGGACGUGACAAAUAAACUCGAAAUGGGGGAAUGUUUACUGGUUGCGCAGGAGGUAAAGGGGAAGUCAGAUGUGUGGAAUAAAUUUGACUAGUUGUGGAAAAUAAGGAAUGGAGCAAGCGCUGUGUGCAUAUUAGGCCUAUGUGUGCCAAACAGGUGCUGUUAGAUUACAAUAUACUUUUUCUUACCGUUUGGAACAGUGUAAAAAACACAAAAUAAAUUAUAAGCAUACCAUAGAGUCUGUUGUAAUGUUUUUUAGUUUUUUUGUAAAGCCUUUAUUACAGCAUAGACUGAAAACAGUUGCAUUCAUUUGUGAAUGCAAUUUCAGAAAUGGAACGGUUUAGGCCUAUUUAUUGUUUACGCUAAUUAUUCAAUGGUCGCUUUAUUUUAUUUUAAAACUAAAAUGCUUGAUUGCAUUUCACAUCAUGAAUGACUCGUAUGCUGUGUGAUGACAUGAACGAAUGAUUGAUUGAUUGACACAGUAGCCUAUAUAAGGAUUGAAAUAUAGGCCUGAGUAAGUUAUGGUAUUAAGACUAAACAGGAUGUGCUCUUAGGCCUACAGCUCGAUGGUGGUUAUACAAGGCUGCUAUGCUAAGCCUACUAAUGAUAAUUACAUUACUUAUUAUUAUAAUGAUGAUCAUAAUAAUAAUAGUAAUAAUAACAAUAAGAAGGAGAUCAAAGAAAAAGGAGGGUUAUUAUUAUUAUUAUUAUUAUUAUUAUUAUAAAUAUAAUUUUUCUGACAAUUAUAAAUCAAACCAGAGAGGCUGGUCUAACAAAAACAAGUGUAAAGCCUUUAUUACAGCAUAGCAAAGAUUAAAAACAGCCAGAUUAGUGAAAUUGUUGCGUGAGGCUUGGUGCUCAUGGAAUCAGUAGGCUAUCAACCAAACACUCAAACAGACAACAGAAGCAGGAUCUGUCUUAUUUCUGUAAAUAUGUAUGGAUGAUUUAUAAAGCCAGGCACAUUUAACAGUUAGGCUAUUGAUUAUAGACCUAGUUAAGUUAGGGUUUCCUCUCUCCUCACUUUUCUUAGACAAUUAAGGCAAGGGAUGUUUCCUCAUCUCCUAACUCGGCUGCUGCUUCCGCCGCAUUGUUCUCAACACUAACAUGGUCUGGGAAAAGGCGCCAAUUCAACAGCGCAAUGAUGUGUUUCAGAACCGCAGACAGCGACCACUAUCUAACGCGGGAGAAAGCGCAUUUGUUAUAAAAUAAUAUAAUUUGUAUUUGUGUUGCAUGUCUUAGACUGAUGGACUGUGCCAUCCCAACGGCCUCCACAAUGGAUCAGUCCACUCAGACAGGCCCAAAUCAGACAGGUGUCUUGUACACCAUUAUUAUUUUUUUAUUUUUUGCGCUACUGCUUGACCGACAGCCUAUCGACCAAACAAUUGACCAGUCGUCUCUAAAUGGGGUCAGCCCUAGUAAUGAUCGUGCUGUUUGAUCAGUUUCUUGAUAUGCCACACCUGUCAGGUGGAUGGAUUAUCUUGGCAAAGGAGAAAUGCUAACAGGGAUGUAAUCAAAUUUGUACACAAUUUGAGAGAAAUAAGCUUUUCGUGCGUAUGGAAAAUUUCUGGGAUCUUUUAUUUCAGCUUAUGAAACAUGGGACCAACACUUUACAUGUUGCGUUUAUAUUUUUUGGUCAGUGUAGAUGCAGAAAGUAAACAGCAUUGUGGGUCAUUUUCCGCAACAUGAAGAGCUCGCCGUUUGACUCACUGGGCUUAUCCGUGUGCGACAUGUAAGCGCAGUUACAAGCCUGGCUGGAGUUAACGGCAGGUGGAGGAUCAAUAUCCACCUUCAUAACAUGGAUGAAGCCUGAGCUGAAAUGUGAAGCUAACUGAAGCUGGCUAGCUUUAUAAAAUCCUGAGUAGAUUUAGCUUGUAUCGUAGUAUACCCCUCUCAGGGUUCUCUCCAGGAUGUUUUAACAAGAAGAAGGGCAGUGCCCACCUUAGGAUUCUGAGAUUUUUAUGUUUUUGAACACCUGUAACUGACAUUUCCUGCAAGGGUGUGAUGCCUGACCUUAAAUAAAUAAAGUAAAAAAAAUAACAAAAUAAUUUUUUAUUACAUACAGCCAGUCCACAAGGUGGGGCAGCGCCACUCUUACAUUCUUUGAGGAGAACCCUGCCUCUGGUGUUGAUUUCUUCUGUCUUGUUCACUCUUCUUGAUACCUUGAUGCAACAUUGUUCUGCUCAUCAGACUGUGUGAUUCAACAGACCCAUCGGACCUCUGGCGCCAAGCUUUUAAUAAAUAUUCAGAGAUACAGUGCAUUCGGAAAGUAUUCAGAUCCCUUGACGUUUUCCACAGUUUGUUACGUUACAGCCUUAUUCUAAAAUGUAUUACAUUGUUUUUUCCCUCAUCAAUCUACACACAAUAUCCGAUAAUGACAAAGCGAAAACAGAUUUUUAGCAUUUUCUGCAAAUGUAUUACAAAUAAAAAAAUUAAAUAUCACAUUUACAUAAGUAUUCAGACCCUUUACUCAGUACUUUGUUGAAGCACCUACAGCCUUAAGCAAUUACAGCCUUAAGUCUUUGUGGGUUUGACGCUACAAGCUUGGCACACCUGUAUUUGGGGAGUUUCUCCUAUUCUUCUUUGCAGAUCCUCUCAAGCUCUGUCAGGUUGGAUGGGGAGCAUCUCUGCACAGCUAUUUUCAGGUCUCUCCAGAGAUGUUCGAUCAGGUUCAAGUCUGGGCUCUGGCUGGGCCACUCAAGGACAUUCAGAGACUUAUCCCGGGUCAUUGUCCUGUUGGAAGGUGAACCUUUGCCCCAGUCUGAGGUCCUGAGCGCUCUGGAGCAGGUUUUCAUCAAGGAUCUCUCUGUACUUCGCUCCGUUCAUCUUUCCCUCAAUCCUGACUAGUCACCCAGUCCCUGCCACUGAAAAACAACCUCACAGCGUGAUGCUGCCACCACCAUGCUUCACCGUAGGGAUGGUGUCAGGUUUCCUCCAGACGUGACGCUUGGCAUUCAGGCCAAAGAGUUCAAUCUUGGUUUCAUCAGACCAGAGAAUCUUGUUUCUCAUGGUCUACUGACGAGUGGCUUCUGUCUGGCCACUCAACCAUAAAGGACUGAUUGGUGGAGUGUUGCAGAGAUGGUUGUCCUUAUGGAAGGUUCUCCCAUCUCCACAGACGAACUCUGGAGCUCUGCCAGAGUGACCAUCGUGUUCUUGCUCACCUCCCUGACCAAGGCCCUUCUCCCCUGAUUGCUCAGUUUAGUUGGGCGGUCAGCUCUAGGAAGAGUCUUGUUGGUUCCAAACUUCUUCUAUUUUAUAAUGAUGGAGGCCACUGUGUUCUUGGGGACCUUCAAUGCUGCAGAAAUGUUUUGGUACCCUUCCCCAGAUCUGUGCCUCGACACAAUCCUGUCUCAGAGCUCUACGGACAAUUCCUUCGACCUCAUGGCUUCGUUUUUGCUCUGACAUGCACUGUCAACUGUGGGACCUUAUGUAGACUGGUGUGCCUUUCCAAAUCAUGUCCUAUCAAUUGAAUUUACCACAGGUGGACUCCAAUCAAGUUGUACUAACAUCUCAAGGAUGAUCAAUGGAAACAGGAUGCAUCUGAGCUCAAUUUUGAGUCUCAUAGCAAAUGGUCUAUUUUUUAUUUUGAAUAAACUUGCCAAUAUUUCAAAACACCUGUUUUCGUUUUGUCAUUAUGGGGUAUUUUGUAUAGAUUGAUGAGGGAAAAAAAUAUUAAAUACAUUUGAGAAUAAGGCUGUAACAUAACAAAAUUUGGAAAAAGUCAAGGGGUCUCAAUACUUUCCGAAUGCACUGUAUUAACUUGACAACGCUGGCUUCGAAGAACAGACAGACAUAACAAUCUAGAAAUAAAGCGAUGACCUUGUCGAAUUCUGAAUUGGAUCAUCUGCGGCCCCUCUUUUUAUAAUAUCCAUCUCUUUGUUCUAAGAUAAUAGGUUCCCUUUGUUCUUAGAGAGGUUGACUCUUCAAAAAGUGCCCCAUGUGAUGAUACACAAAACUUUUAAAGACUUUCAUCUCAGUUGUCAGACAGCUACAGGAGUUAAAAUCAUUGUUUCUCUGAGCUCACCAGUUAUAUUGGCUGCCUUUGAUGACUAUGGCUGUGUGGGGAGGGCAAGUCAUCAUCAAUAUAAUUUGAGGUUGUACCUUACAGGCCACCAUACACAAGCUCCGCUCUGAGGGGGUACAGCUCAACACCCCAGCCGUCCCUCCUGAGGAGAGAGGACUCCGCCUCCCUGAGGACAAUCCACAGUGGGCUGUCUACAGGUGAGGACACAUGCACACACACUCACGUUUGUUUUCUUCUUUCCUCGUGGGGACCUAAAAUGUAUUUCCAUUCAAAAUCCUAUUUUCCCUUACCCUAUGCCUAACCUUAAUCUAUAACCCAAACCCUAAACCUAAUUCCUAAACCUAACCACUAACCUCUUACCUUAACCCUAAUUCUAACCAUAACCCUAAUUGUAACCCUAAACCGAACCCCUAAGCUUAAAAUAGCCUUUGUCCUCAUGAGGACGUGGGACAUUUUCCUUGUUUUCCUAUCCUCGUGGGGACUUUUGGGGAUUUUAGGUCCCCACAAGGCUGGAAGAAUCAACACACACACACACACAAACAAAACAUGAAGAUAAACGGACAAAGCAAGCCAAGUGUGUAAAUGUGUAUGUAGUCACAGAGCUUGGUUCACCAGUUUGUUAUAUGUAAUAAGUAGUGUGUUAUACAGUAUAUUAAAUAUAAAGUGUGGCUUCCUUUGUUUUCUCAUAUAUUAUGCAUUGCAGACAACAUAACUAUUGUUCCCCUCCUUUCCACUCCCAGAGAUUGGAUCCAGGACUUAUCUGCCUACGCCACCUCCAACUUCCUGCGGGCAGCCGAGCUGGGAGCAGAGAUUCGUGAGGCCUGGGUGGUGGUCAACGCUGCCGUGUACUUAUGGAACUACAACAGCCACCUGCUGGCAGCUGGGGAGCAGCGGCGCCUCCUGCCCACCUUUCAGAGAGCCGUGGAGCUGCUGAGACAGACCGGACACGCUGGGUAGGUCUAAGAGGAACAUCUCACUGACACUUAAACACUACUAAUUGUAACAUUUGCUUGUUGCUGACACACACUUACUGCUCAUCAGCCUUUUAAUGACAUAGUACAUAUAAGCACAAUUACAUUACAUGAAAAGUAGUCCAUUAAAACCACAAUAGGGCAAUGCAGGUGCUGUAAGGGCUUUGCUAUUUACAUAAACCUCUCUCAGUUAAGAUGUUGUAGCUGAUGUCAGUUUGUAUGUACAGAGUAUGACGCUCUUCUGUGCUUCCAGGGAGCCGGUGCUGUUGGUUAUGCUGUGUGAUGCGGUGGCCCAGGGGCUGAUCCAGCCCUGGUUUGUGUCGGCUGCUGGGCUGGGAACUGGCCAGGGAAGGGAGGACAGCGGAGGCAAGGGGGAGUUGAGGAAGAAAGGAGCUGGGAAGGGAGCCGAGAGGACAGGCAGCAUCCACAGCCUCACCCUGGACCACGCGGCCCUCCAGGACAUGCGGAAGGCUCUGGAGGUGUGUGUGUGUGUGGGUCAAGUAGUGAGCUAGACAGGAGAUGGGGCCAUGGGAGAUUUAAAUGGUGACUUGCUAAUUAGGAUUGGCAGAGAGUCAGGUUCUAUUAUCCUUCAAUGUGCUGUCAAGGGUACUCCCUCCCCUGAAGAGGUCUUAAUUUGGGCUCUGCAAAAACAAACACUCUCUCCCACUCUGAGCUUAUUGGGAUAGGCAGAUGGCAGAGGUGGACAUGCAGAAAGACCUGAACUGUGUUACUGCAGGGUAGUUUGAGGGAUCAGAGAGCUGUGCCUGUGUAUUCGUCAAGGGCAGCCUCUGGUCUUCAGGUUUCCCAAGUCUCUCUGAAUAAGUUAUCUCUAAAUAAGUUCCUUGAGGGCUGUUGAAAAUCUUUCUGGCUUACAUCUUACUAUCUCCAGUACCUCCUAGAUGUGCUGUUGUACAUAAAAAGCAAACAAAAUUGAAAAAGGGGGCACAAAGAAUGAAAGAAUCAAGGCACUUUGAAACAUGCUGCUUUUCAGAAAUACUCUAAAUACAACUAGGGCUCUGUUUUAACAAAUAACUAUUUCUAACCUAGCGCUAUGGUAAAUCUUAGCGUAGCCGCUGUUGAGUUGUGGGUGUUAGAAAUAUUUCUGCUAUUUUCACAGCGGGAAUCAUGGGCGCACUAGCUGGCGGUGGCGAGGAAAGACUGGGUUUUGAUGAAUAAAUAAGUUGUAGGUGUGGGGAGGGCUUGACCACUCACUGGCUAAUAAACGUUCUCCAUGGCUUAAUGCUGCAAUUAGGCUAUUGACAGUCUGCGUUAUCAUCAACUCCAAUUCGUCUGGAGGGCAUGGAAUAUUCUCGCCCUAGUCCAUUGUGGAUUGAUACCGUUUAUUAAAUAGCAUAAAGUAACGAAUAAUAGCAGUAACAGUAAAAUACAUUGUUUCGCAUGUUUGCAAUUCACAUUGUUCUAUUCGGCUUCAACAUGUAAGCCUAAAUGUCUUUACGCAUCACAUUCGCACUUCUCCAGAAAUAAAAAAAUAUUAGGCUCCGAUUAAUUGUGAAUUAAGCAAAAGCAUGAGGACUAAAACCUCAAAUAUUUCAAGGCACUCUCAUGAGUAGACCAUUUAAAAACCUUUCAUUGAUAGGCUACUUGGCUAAUGUAUGGCCAGGAUUUUUUUUAAAGACGCACAGAUACAUUGCUGUAGAACCAGACUUCAUUAUAGUAGGGUUAGCCUACUGCGGGUUUUGUUUUUAAUCAAAUAAAACCGAAAACAAGCAAUUGAACAGGAAAAUAACUUAAAUAUUUCUAAAUAUGAGGGUCACAGGCAUCAUCGCAUCGCUCGUUCCAUGAUGGGCAUGUGGACACAAAAAAUAAAAAUAAGCACGCAAGCUGAUGUUAGACAGGUAAAUUACAAGCCUAAAUUGCCAACUACCGUGCAUUUGACAAUAGCGCCGCCUUAGGGGCAGCCAAAAAUAGAGCCCCUAGUCUGUGUGAACCCCAAGUGACUCAUUCUGACAUUCACCCAUUUUCACCCAUUCACCCUGCUUUGUUUUUUAAACGUUUUAACUAUUUCAUGUGAAUUAAGUCUUUAUUUUCUGCUGCAUUUGUUCCCAAUUAAAUCCCAUUUCCUCCAUCUAUUCUGCUAUUCUCCAAAUGGUCUGCUAUGUCAUCAGCACAUACUCUGGAUAAAAGUAACUUUAUUAGUGAAUUAUUAACUAAGUGUUCUCUUUCAGAACAGAAGAUAAAAAUGGUUCUCCAUUUUCAACAUAUAGGCGUAUACAGUGCAUUCGGAAAGUAUUCAGACCUCAUGACUUUUUCCACAUUUUGUUAUGCUACGGCCUUAUUCUAAAAUUGAUUAAAUAAAAAAAAAUCAUCAUCAAUCUACACACAAUAGCCCAUAAUGACAAAGCGAAAACAUUAUUUUUUUGUGUGCAAAUUUAUAAAAAAACUAAAACAGAAAUACCUUAUUUACAUAAGUAUUGAGACCCUUUGCUAUGAGACUCGAAAUUGAGCUCAGGUGCAUCCUGUUUCCAUUGAUCAUCCUUGAAAUGUUUCUACAACUUGAUUGGAGUCCACCUGUGGUAAAUUCAAUUGAUUGGACAUGACACCUGUUUAUAUAAGGUCCCACAGUGCAUUUCAGAGCAAAACCCAAGCCAUGAGGUCAAAGGAAUUGUCCGUAGAGCUCCGAGACAGGAUUGUGUCGAGGCACAGAUCUGGUAAAGGGUACCAAAAAAUGUCUGCAGCAUUGAAGGUCCCCAAGAACACAGUGGCCUCCAUCAUUCUUAAAUGGAAGAAGUUUGGAACCACCAAGACUCUUCCUAGAACUAGCCAACCCAGCCAAACUGAGCAAUCGGGGGAGAAGGAAGGGCCUUGGUCAGGGAGGUGACCAAGAACCCGAUGGUCACUCUGACAGAGCUCCAGAGAUCAUCUAUGGAGAUGGGAGAACCUUCUAGAAGGACAACCAUCUCUGCAGCACUCCACCAAUCAUGCCUUUAUGGUAGAGUUGCCAGACGGAAGCCACUCGUCAGUAAAAGGCACAUGACAGCCCGCUUGGAGUUUGCCAAAAGGCACUUAAACAAGAAACAAGAUUCUCUGGUCUGAUGAAACCAAGAUUGAACUCUUUGGCCUGAAUGCCAAGCAUCAUGUAUGGAGGAAACCUGGCACCAUCCCUAAGGUGAAGCAUGGUGGUGGCAGCAUCAUGCUGUGGGGAUGUUUAUCAGCUGCAGGGACUGGGAGACUAGUCAGGAUCGAGGCAAAGAUGAAUGGAGCAAUGUACAGAGAGAUCCUUGAUGAAAACCUGCUCCAGAGCGCUCAGGACCUCAGACUGGGGUGAAGGUCUGAGGUCCUUAGGUUCGUUGUCCAACAACGACCCUAAGCACACAGCCAAGACAACGCAGGAGUGGCUUUGGGAUAAGUCUCUGAAUGUCCUUGAGUGUCCCAGCCAGAGCCCAGACUUGAACCCGAUCGAACAUCUCUGGAGAGACCUGAAAAUAGCAGUGCAGCGACGCUCCCCAUCCAACCUGACAGAGCUUGAGAGGAUCUGCAGAGAAGAAUGGGAGAAACUCCCUAAAUACAGGUGUGCCAAGCUUGUAGCGUCAUACCCAAGAAGACUCGAGGCUGUAAUCGCUGCCAAAGGUGCUUCAACAAAGUAUUGAGUAAAGGGUCUGAAUACUUAUGUAAAUUAGAUAUUUCAGUUUUUUGCUUUUAGAUGAAUCUGUUUUUGCUUUUUCAUUAUGGGGUAUUGUGUGUAGAUUGAUGAGGAUAAAAAACAAUUUAAUCAAUUUUAGAAUAAGGCUGUAACAUAACAAAAUGUGGAAAAAGUCAAGGGGUCUUAAUACUUUACGAACGCGCUGUAUAUCAGAUAAAUCUUAGAUAGCUAACUUAAACAAACUCAGAUUACGCAAUGGAUUUUCUCUAGAUACUGUCAUAUGUGAAACUGAAAGCCCUGGCUAUGGAGUCCCAAGGUUGUGGGUGUAUGUUGAUUCGAAAAGUGUCUUGUGCAGAUUCACAUGGUUUGGUUGGUUACUUUGCUAAUUGCUAUUGUUAUGCAAACAAUUUAAACCUUUUGCUUAUCAGGCAGCCUAGCGGUUAAGAGUGUUGGGCCAGUAACCGAAAGGUCGCUAGUUCGAAUCCCCGAGCCGACUAAGUGAAAAAUCUGUCUGUGUCCUUCAGCAAGGCACUUAACCCUAAUUGCUCCUGUCAGUCACUCUGGAUAAGAGUGUCUGCUAAAUGACUAAAAUGUAAAUGUAACCCUUAUGCUGCUAUGGUUACUAUGCUAACUUUUAUUUCCCCCACUUUAUGGACUUUUAGCUGUGUGACUAUGCACUGCACCUGUCUAAUGGCAAUGUGCCGGGAGAGAGCGUCCCUAUCGCAGCGAGGAAACAGGUCAUUUCUACGUGGGUGUGGACCAAGAGGCUCCUCCAGCAGCAGAUUGGACAGAAGCUAGACAUUGACGAUGAGGUACAGUAACAUAACGUUCCAGGUCUCCCUUUGGAAAUAGGUUUUCUGUCCUCAAUGGGACUUCCUGGUUAAAUAAAUGUUAGAUAAAAUCAAAUAAAAACAUGCUCACUCAGUCAAGUUAGUCACUAUGAUAAGCUGUUUAUGAAUCUGCCUGGCUGUCGGCCCACCACCUCAAGCUCAACCUCGUCAAGACGGAGCUGCUGUUCCUCUUGUGGAAGGCCUGCCCGUUCCAAGACCUCUCCAUCACAGUUGACAACUCCACGGUGUCUCCCUCCCAGAGUGCAAAUAACCUUGGCUUGACCCUGGACAACCCUGUCGUUCUCCACAAACAUCAAAGCAUUGACUCCCUCCUGCAGGUUCAUGCUCUACAAUAUCCAGAGUACAACCCUACCUCGCACAGGAAGCGCCACAUGUCCUAAUCCAGGCACUCGUCAUCUCCCUUCUGGACUACUGCAACUCUCUGUUGGCUGGGCUCCCCGCUUGUGCCAUCAAAUCCCUGCAACGCCACAGCCCGCCUGGUGUUCAACCUUCCCAAGUUCUCCCAUCUCACCCCGCUUCUCCGCACACUCCACUGGCUUCCAGUCGAAGCUCGCAUCCGCUUCAAGACCCUGGUGCUUGCCUACGGAGCAGCAAGGGAAACUGCCCUUCCCUACCUUCAGGCUAUGCUCAAACCCUACACCCCAACCCGACACUUAACCCGACACUUACAGCGCCGGAAGAAGAUGGCUGCCGUUUUACAGCCCUCUAACCAAUUGUACUAUUAUGUGUGUUUUUCCGCGUUAUUUGUAAUUUAUUUUGUACAUAAUGUUUCUGCCAUCGUCUCUUAUAACCAAAGAGAGCUUCUGGAUAUCAGGACAGCGAUUACUCACCUCGCAUUGGACGAAGACUUUUUCUUCAACGAGGCGUUCGCGAAGGAUAUUCUACAGACACCCAACAAGGCCCAGAUCCCCGUCAUUCGCGUGAGGAAGAGACGGAGAUAUCGUGGACGCAGAUCCGGGUGCCUUGUAAGGAUCCGACGGCGUGCGAGUAAACUGCCUCUCCCAUCAAUCCUAUUAGCCAACGUUCAAUCUUUUGAGAAUAAAAUUGACGAUUUAAGAUUACGGUUAUCCUACCAACGGGACAUUAAAAACUGUAAUAUCUUAUGUUUCACGGAGUCGUGGCUGAACGACAACAAUGACAACAUUCAGCUAGCAGGCUAUACGCUACAUCGGCAGGACAGAACGUCUGACUCUGGUAAGACAAGGGGCGGCGGUCUGUGUAUAUUUGUAAACAACAGCUGGUGCACAAAAUCAAAUACUAAGGAAGUCUCGAGGUUUUGCUCGCCUGAGGUAGAGUAUCUUAUGAUAAGCUGUAGACCACACUAUUUACCAAGAGAGUUUUCAUCUAUAUUUUUAAUAGCUGUCAAUUUACCACCACAAACCAAUGCUGGCAUUAAGAUUGCACUGAAUGAGUUGUACAAGGCCAUUAAUCAACAGGAAAACGCUCAUCCAGAUGCAGCGCUCCUAGUAGCCGGGGACUUUAAUGCAGGGAAACUUAAAUCCGUUCUACCUAAUUUCUACCAGCAUGUUAAAUGUGCAACCAGAGGGGAAAAAACUCUAGACCACCUUUACUCCACACACAGAGACGCAUACAAAGCUCUCCCUCGCCCUCCAUUUGGCAAAUCUGACCAUAACUCUAUCCUCCUGAUUCCUGCUUAUAAGCAAAAACUGAAGCAGGAAGCACCAGUGAUUCGGUUAAUAAAAAAGUGGUCAGAUGACGCAGAUGCUAAGCUACAGGACUGUUUUGCUAGCACAGACUGGAACAUGUUCCGGGAUUCUUCAGACAGCAUUGAGGAGUACACCACAUCAGUCACUGGCUUCAUCAAUAAGUGCAUCGAUGAUGUCGUCCCCACAGUGACCGUACGUACAUACCCCAACCAGAAGCCAUGGAUUACAGGAAACAUCCGCACUGAGCUAAAGGGUAGAGCUGGCGCUUUCAAGGAACGGGACUCUAACCCGGACGCUUAUAAGAAAUCCCGCUAUGACCUCCGACGAACCAUCAAACAGGCAAAGAGUCAAUACAGGUCUAAGAUUGAAUCAUACUACACUGGCUCUGACGCUCGUCGGAUGUGGCAGGGCUUGAAAACUAUUACAGACUACAAAGGGAAGCACAGCCGCGAGCUGCCCAGUGACACAAGCCUACCAGACGAGCUAAACCACUUCUAUGCUCGCUUCGAGGCAAGCAACACUGAAGCAUGCAUGAGAGCACCAGCUGCUCCGGACGACUAUGUGAUCACGCUCUCCGUAGUCGAUGUGAGUAAGACUUUUAAGCAGGUCAACAUUCACAAGGCCGCAGGGCCAGACGGAUUACCAGGACGUGUACUCCGAGCAUGUGCUGACCAACUGGCAAGUGUCUUCACUGACAUUUUCAACAUGUCCCUGACUGAGUCUGUAAUACCAACAUGUUUCAAGCAGACCACCAUAGUCCCCGUGCCCAAGAACUCUAAGAUAACCUGCCUAAAUGACUACCGACCCGUAGCACUGACGUCUGUAGCCAUGAAGUGCUUUGAAAGACUGGUCAUGGCUCACAUCAACAGCAUAAUCCCAGAAACCCUAGACCCACUCCAAUUUGCAUACCGCCCCAACAGAUCCACAGAUGAUGCAAUCUCUAUCGCACUCCACACUGCCCUUUCCCACCUGGACAAGAGGAACACCUACGUGAGAAUGCUAUUCAUUGACUACAGCUCAGCAUUCAACACCAUAGUGCCCUCUAAGCUCAUCACUAAGCUAAGGAUCCUGGGACUAAACACCUCCCUCUGCAACUGGAUCCUGGACUUCCUGACGGGCCGCCCCCAGGUGGUAAGGGUAGGUAACAACACAUCUGCCACACUGAUCCUCAACACGGGGGCCCCUCAGGGGUGCGUGCUCAGUCCCCUCCUGUACUCUCUGUUCACCCAUGACUGCAUGGCCAGGCACGACUCCAACACCAUCAUUAAGUUUGCCGACGACACAACAGUGGUAGGCCUGAUCACCGACAACGAUGAGACAGCCUAUAGGGAGGAGGUCAGAGAUCUGGCCGUGUGGUGCCAGGACAACAACCUCUCCCUCAACGUGACCAAGACAAAGGAGAUGAUUGUGGACUACAGGAAAAAAAAGAGGACUGAGCACGCCCCCAUUCUCAUCGACGGGGCUGUAGUGGAACAGGUUGAGAGCUUCAAGUUCCUUGGUGUCCACAUCACCAACGAACUAUCAUGGUCCAAACACACCAAGACAGUUGUGAAGAGGGCACGACAAAGCCUAUUCCCCCUCAGGAGACUAAAAAGAUUUGGCAUGGGUCCUCAGAUCCUCAAAAAAUUCUACAGCUGCACCAUCGAGAGCAUCCUGACUGGUUGCAUCACCGCCUGGUAUGGCAACUGCUUGGCCUCUGACCGCAAGGCACUACAGAGGGUAGUGCGUACGGCCCAGUACAUCACUGGGGCAAAGCUCCCUGCCAUCCAGGACCUCUAUACCAGGCGGUGUCAGAGGAAGGCCCUCAAAAUUGUCAAAGACUCCAGCCACCCUAGUCAUAGACUGUUCUCUCUGCUACCGCACGGCAAGCGGUACCGGAGUGCCAAGUCUAGGUCCAAAAGACUUCUCAACAGCUUCUACCCCCAAGCCAUAAGACUCCUGAACAGCUAAUCAUGGCUACCCGGAAUAUUUGCACUGCCCCCCCACCCCAUCCUUUUUACGCUGUUGCUACUCUGUUAAGUAUUUAUGCAUAGUCACUUUAACUCUACCCACAUGUACAUAUUACCUCAACUACCUCAACUAGCCGGUGCCCCCGCACAUUGACUAUGCAACGGUACCCCCCUGUAUAUAUAGCCUCCCUACUGUCACUUUAUUUUACUGUAUAUAUAGCCUCCCUACUGUCACUUUAUUUUACUUCUGCUCUUUUUUUCUCAACACUUUUUUGUUGUUGUUUUAUUCUUACUUUUUUUGUUUAAAAUAAAUGCACUGUUGGUUAAGGGCUGUAAGUAAGCAUUUCACUGUAAUGUCUGCACCUGUUGUAUUCGGCGCAUGUGACCAAUAAAAUUUGAUUUGAUUUGAAGCACUCAGUUCUGCCACCUCUGGUCUCUUGGCCCUCCCACCCCUACGGGAGGCCAGCUCCCGCUCAGCCCAGUCAAAGCUUUUCUCUGUCCUGGCACCCCAAUGGUGGAACUAGCUUCCUCCUGACUCUCAUCCCCUUCACUCAAAACUCAGUCAUAGCAGCAGCCGGACAAGGGGAAAGAGACUUCUUCAAAUAUGGGGACUCUUUUAUUCCAACAGCCAUUAAGCUGUAUAAUAGAUAGUUUUUUGGUCCCUAUAGUAUAUAGCAAAUUGCACUUUCACUUUAAAUGUGUAGCUAUAGCACUUUUAAUUUAUUCUAUAGUGUAGGUUCUGUGUUUUCAUGUUUUAUGUACCGUCUUUUUAAGCACAUGACCAAAUGAAUUUCCCCUGGUGGAUCUGAAGGACAGCAGAGUACCUGCCCAUCUUUUGAAAACAUCUGAAUUCCCCCACACACAAAACACAACUAACUAACACCCUUGCCUUUCUUAAACUAAAACUUGCACUUGACUUUUUCCUGCUAGCACUGGCUUUGCUGAUAGCUACUUUGAGGAAAAUGUUUCUUACUAUAACUGAGAUGUGGUUGUCUCACCUAGCUAUCUUAAGAUGAAUGCACUAACUGUAGGUCACUCUGGAUAAGAGCAUCUGCUAAAUGACUAAAAUGUACAAUUACAAAAUGUCGUUAUUCCCCCAAACUCUGUGUCAGUGCAAUGUUAAUGUGAGAAGAAAUAUGAUUCAUCACCCAACCGUCUAUAUACAGUAAAAAUCAUUGUUUUAACUCAGUAACAGUGUCACAACGGGAUAGUGAAUCAUUUAUUCAUUUCAAAUGUCAGUCUCAUUGAUAUACUGUACAUGUAUGAUUGUGCCUGUCAGAGAUAGCAUUGUUAAUAAAUGUAUAUGGUUUUGACUGGUAAGCCACGGUACCAUUGUGAUGAAAUAUUCAGUUGUAUCUCUGUUUGUCUUUCCAGUGUAAGAAUGAGGCAGUGUCAGCCAUGACACGUGUGCUGGUUGGAGUGGAAAUGCUGCUAUGCAACAGUCACCCCAGGCAUAUAGAGUUCUCUGUCCCUAGUCUCUCUACGGUAGGUCCUGCUUUCUUGGCCAGGUGGAGACAGAUGCCUUUAGAGCAGAGUGUCUCUCAAGUGUGUUUGUUCUUACUUAUUUUUUGGCCAGGCGACAACAGGGGCCUUGAGACCGUACUGGUAAUCAGAGCAUUUGUCCAUGUCUAUGUCUGUGAGUUUGGUCAAAAAUGCUUCCUCAAAUUAACAUCUUAUUUGAUUUGUUUGUUUAAAUUUCCUAGCCCUGUAGGACUGUAUGCAUUUCAGUCCUGCAUUCUUGCAUCAUUAAACCCCAGUUCUAGGGAUCCAGAGGACAGAGCACUCAUUGCCUCUUUCUCCCUCAUCUCCCUCCCCUUCUCCUCCUUCCCUACUAUUUUCCUCUCCUUUCUCCUCCCCUCUCCUCUCCUCUCUCCAUCCUCUCCUCUAGCUGGUCCGCAUGGCAUCAGACUGCAAGUGGAGUGACCCUGUGGUCGAGCUGCAGGUGUGGACACACCUGGCUUGCUUCUCUCACCAGGCCCAAGACCACAACCUGGUCAUGACCUGCAGCCACAAUGCACUGCAGCUGGAGGCUGCUGCAGCUCAGAGGUUGAAGGUCAUGGCCUAUGCUCUGUAGGUGUUGGUUACUAUGGUGACUUUGAUUCCAUCAGUUUUAUCAAGGCUGAAAUGGUCAGAUCUUCCCUGUAUGUUUUACCUGUUUUACCUAUCUACCCAUUUCGGUCAAUUUGCCUUUCAAUAAAAAUAUGGGAUGGGAUCACGUGUUUGGUUACAUAGCAAGAUGAGGUGCAAAUGACACCUACAGUAGUGUCCACAAGAUAACAUUACAAUAUACUCACGGCCAUGUGUGCAGUAAUAAUUUUAUGUUACAACAAUGUGCAAUAUACUAUCAUCGAAUUACUUCAGUAAAUGGUUAUCUUCAAGGCUUUAAGGUCCCACUCUUUGUAGGGAUCUGACAAUCAGUCAUUCUAAAAAAUGGUGACUGUCAAUGUCUACAUUACUGUAGCAGUGACAUUUUGUCAAAUUUCUGACUGGCUGACUGAUUAUCUGAACUACGUAUUUGUCCGCUUAUUUAAUAAAAAAAUGUUUGACCUUUUCAAGGUACAGCCGGUCAGCCGUGGAGGAGAUGUUGAGCAAUGCUGCAUGUCUAAGAGGAUUGAGCAUGGUCCACAAGUCAAAUGGACAUCCUCACAGUUACAGAGAAGCCUUGCAGAUGCUCCAGUCCAGUGUCAGGUUAGUUUCUGUUUUCUGUCAUUCCUAAACAAUAGUUUGCUCAUCACUUUGUUCUCUUUUUGUCUCCCCUACGUCUCUUUCUCUCUCGCUUUCUCUCUCUCUCUCGUUCUCGAUCUCUUUCUCUCCUCUUUAUGUUUCUCUCCAUUUCAACCCUCUUCAUAUCCAUUUGUGCCAUAACAACCAAUGCUUUCUCUCUUCUUCAGCUAUGCGGAGCGGGCAGGUAACUCUGUCCUGUGUAUGGCUACAGCGCGCCACUACUGGAACAACUGCCUGCCCCUGACUGAGACCUCACUGGAGAGACAGCAGCUCCGACAGCAUCUAGAGAAGAUCCUGAAAGCCCUGGUCCACACCAGCAAGAAAGACCCAACUGUAAGAACCCCAUCUCGAACUAGCCUGGUCCCAGAUCUAGUUUUAUAGCAAACUCCUAUCGUGUUUCUCUGGUACGAGCCCCUCUCCCAACUGGCUUCUGUACAGUAUGUGUAUCAUUGGUGCUGUCACUGUAAAAUUACUCCUAUUCAAUCUAGUGGGGUUUGAAGUGUUCAUGUGUAUGAUUAAUUUUCUCUGGUGGUUUAAGCAGGGGGAAGAGAAGGGAUGGUCUACCCUGACUGUGAUGCCCUCUGUGACCUCACCGCUGGAAGCCUCAAGUGAUUCCACACACAAACUUCAAAUGCUCAUACCGCACAAACCUUUGACUGCUGUUUCACAGCUAACUACUACUUUUUAUUCUAUAAUCUUGUUUAUGACUUUAAUUCCAUAAGCCUGCUUAUUCAUUUAUUUCCAAAACGGCCUAUCUCGUGCUGUAUCAUUCUCAAACACCACUAGUAGACAUGAUAGAUGAAGUCACAUUCCCACGCACACCAGUAGGCCAUUAGAUCUGUGGCAUUUACAUCCAAGCAGUCACAUAGAGUAUUGCCUUUCCCUGAAGUUCUCAGUUACCCAACCUAUUCACUCUCUAUACACUCUAGCUAUGGAAUCCAAAUGAAUUUGUAUUCUCAUGAUCUAUUCCUUUCUUUCUGUGUGUGUGUCUGUGCAUUUGUGUUUGCAUGUGUGCGUGUGUGGGUUUAUCUAUGACCGUGUUUGUGUGUGUGCGUCUCUGUCUGUGUGUGCGUGUGUAGGCACGGGCAGCCCUGAGGAUGAUCUGACCCUGAGAGCUGCCAUGUACGGCCUGCUGUUCCACAUCCACGCAGACAGCUCAGAUUGGACAGGAGCUCUGACGCUGCUGGAGCAGGCUAUCAGAGACAUGCCCCGCACCAGACACAGGCUGUGAGUGCUGGAGAGAAAUGAUGGUGGAAAUAAGGGAGAUAGAAAGGGGGAAGGCCAGGAGGAAAGGGAGAGAGAUGGAAGAGGUUAAAGGCUGUGAGUACUACACUGACACUAGGAGAGAACGGGUGAAAGGAGAGCAGGGAGGGAGAGAGAGAGGGAAAAGGUUAUACAGGACUGCGGACUUCUAUUUGUAUUUUUGUAUUUAUUAGGGAUCCCCAUUAGCUCCUGCCUAUUACUCUUCCUGGGGUCCAAACAUAUUAAAGCACUUACAUUACAUAUAAAACAAAAGAUAAAACAGAACAUCAUAUAACAUUAUUACACUGCUACAUAUCUACAAUACAAAAUGUUUAAUACCACCAUACAACAAUAUCACAAUGUGUGCGUAUGCAUGUGUCUGUAACUUUGUUUACCUUUCCUAUCACUGGCGUCAUCACAUUUCUGUGUGCUUAUUUGUAUGCAUGCGCAUGCUGUAUGCAUGAGUGCAUGUUAAUAUGCCUUGAUAUGAAUAUGACGUUAUAAGUAAGUAUGUGGGUAGAUGUGUGUUUUAUGAAAUGUCAUAUUUUGGAUAUGGGCAAUUCCAUCAUUAUGGAAGCCUCAGCGAAAAAGCCUGACCCUUAUUGGGUGAAUGAGUAUAACUUAAAAUGUUUGAUUUGUAAAAUCUACUUCUUAAAUGAUUUAGUUUUUUGUGUGUGGUUUGUUUCAGCUUUUGCGAGGGCUGUUCAGAGUGUAAAAUCCUUAGUUAUGAAAACAUUAGGUCUUGACAGUUUAGCCGGAGGAGAUGCCCUUAAUAAAGCAUCACACAAGUUUUUCAAUGUUUGAAAAGGAAAUAUGAAACUUAACUUUUUCAUGGCCAUUAUCACGAUCAUAUUUCUGUGGAGUUACCCAUGUGUGAGAAUGUGAUACCCUUUUCACACUACUGAGCCAAGAUAAGCUGUACUGUGCUGGCCUGGUUACAGAUCCACAUAGUUACUGGAAAUGACAAUGUGAAAAGAAAAUGUCUGAGCCAGUAUGGUUUGGGUUGGCACGAUGGUGUGAAAAGGGCAUGAGAAUGUGAAACUGUGCUUGUCCUCUCCCUGACUGUGCCCUAGGCUCCUGUUCAAGCACCGGGUACUGGUGAGGGCCCGGCUGGGGGAGAGUGUGGUGAUGGACAUGCAGAAGUUCCGGGAUGAAGGGGAACUCUACUGCUCCCACAUGUGGCACAGAGUGGCGCUGUGUUCUGGGGAGAUUCUGCAGCAGUUGGCCUGCUACCAGAAUGCCAUUACCUCUUUACUGGUAGGGAAAGGGAAAGGGGAUAUCUAGUCAGUUGCACAACUGAAUACAUUCAACCGAAAUGUGUCUUCCGCAUUUAACCCAACCCCUCUGAAUCAGAGAGGUGCGGGGGGCUGCCUUAAUCUAGGUCCACGUCAUCGGAGCCCAGGGAGCAAUUGUUGAGGGGGUUAGCUGGCUUGCUCAAGGGCAGAACGGCAUAUUUUCCCACCUUGCCGGCUCGGGGAAUCGAACAAGCAACCUUUCGUUGGCACACCUCUGCUAACACAGACACAUUCUCACACACACAUGCACAAACAUAUACACACGUGAAGACACAUUCAUGUACAAACACACCUACACCACACACAUACACAUUCAAUUUUGCAUUUUCACUGUUGAUUACUUUACAUACAUACACAUACAGUUAUUCAGUGUGCUCUUCGAAGUGUGAAAGAUUGCAGCACUUCCUUGCCAGGUCUGAAUCCAAGUGGCGCUAUUGAGCUAAGGGACUCUAGCAGCAUCUAGUGGAAGCUUAGUGCUAUUGCAGCCAGGCUCUGUGCACUGCUUAUGCUGUAGCUAUGAAUGGGUGAACCUUAUGGGUUUGUUGUGUUUGUGUAGAGUGUGAAGAGUCAGUGGCAGAAGGUGGAUUACCUGUUGGAGUUUGGGGAGUGGCUGUACUGUCAGAACUUUCCCCUGGCUGACGCCCAGCACCAGAUACAGUGGGCUAUCGACAUCCUCCUGCACAUGAUCACAGACCAGGAAGAGAGCAAUGGUAUGUUUCUUGUCAUUGUUAUGUGUUUGUGUGAUUGCUAUGUAAAGGUCUGUUAAGUUACUGAAGAAUAGUAAACAAUUUAAUUUUAAAUUAAAAUUUUAAUUAAUAGAGAAGACUGGUUCCAAGGGAAGCAAACUGAAAGAACCGGCGAGGAGAGAGAAUUCCCAACGAGGUACUGAUUUCUCUUGGGAUGAGUCUAUACAUGUAUGUUGAAUGCUGUGUGUGUGCGCUUGUGCUUGUACAUGUACACCAGACUUGGGUUCAAAUACUAUUUCAUAUUUUUUUCAAAUAUUUUAGCAGAGGUUGAUUGAGCUUGCUUGGACCCAAGAUAAUAGUCUCAAAACUGCAACCCUGCCACUCUAGCACUACAGACAGGCCAGAGCAAAUGGGAAAGUAUUUUAAAGAUUUAAAAUAGUGUUUGAACCCAGGUGUACAGUAUGUGGGGAAUUCCGAUCCGAGUUAAGCAUGCGUAACUGGAACGUAGUUCCCUUUAUAUGCACUUUUCUCUCUAUGCCUAUUCUGACCUUGAACUUAAGCCUGAGAAUAGCAUCCUAUUCACCCGCUAUUCAUUUCGGGGUGGAGAUCUAAGAAAUGAAGGUGUGGUGGAGGUGUGUCUACAGAUACGCCGUAUUCUGACCUUUACUUUAUUCCCUCAUAAUUCCACCACCUUUACACGCAAUGAAAUUAUGAUUAAGGUCGAGCAACCUGUGGAACAACAUCUACUUAUUUUUUUGUGAUAGAAAUAACACCAUUCUCCAUGCACUGUAAUUUACAAAUUGAUAAGAGCUAGGUAAAUGAGUAAGCCGUUUGGAUAAGGGGAUUGUAAAUAUAAAUUACAAUUGUUUAAGAUCUAUUUUACCUUAUGAUCGCUGGGGACAAAUGUGAAACCAGUCAUAUGGCAGCAAACUGAAGCAUAUCAACAUAUCACCUUUUCCACAGUGAAGUUUAUGAAAUGGUGGCCUUAUAACUUGUAAGGAUGACAUUUGGAGACCAAAGCUAUAGGCUUCUGUAGCCAUGUGCAAAUGACAGUAGGCCUAUAGCGCCAAACCUACCAAGUUGAUUUAUAUGAUUUCUAAAAUGUUUUAAUUAUGGCCAGACUUUUCACUGUAUUUAAAAAGUAUGGUGUUAACUAUUAGCCACUAUCGGUAGCCACCGUCAGUAACCCUACAUACAUUUAUUACUCUCACUUUUGUUAGUUUCCUUACAUUUUGCAUGAUUCCAUUACAUCGUUAGUUUACCUUUAUUUCCUCUGUCACGUAUUGCUAGCAAUAGUGGAUCAUAUUAGGCUAAUGUAUUACAAGUUGUGCAAUAAUUUGGGACAUGUAGCCUAUUUGAGUCAUUAUGGAACGCAGACCAUACAUAGCAGUUUAAACCUGGAGCAUAGCGCAUGGUUCAUGAUGACCGUUGUCAUCACAGUUCCAUGAUUAGUGAGGAUUAUUAGGGUAGAUUUAUAUGACUACUGUUCAACCCCUAUUGUACGCUGACCUUCCAAUAUUUAAUGUAUUGAACAAUUGAAUAUGGCAACUUCAGGAUGAAUCAAACCACUGUAUUUUUGAUUCACCAAUAUAUUUACUGCGUAAAGCUCUCCAAAUCUUAUUCAUUCAUAAAUACUUUCUAACCCUAAAUAAUAUACAAGAUCAGAAUAUUUUUAAAUCUACCAAUUGAUGCUGAAAAGGAGACGAAUAUGCGUGUAUUUAGGCUUACAUGGCUUUCUUUCAUUGAUCCCUAAUAUUCUGAACCGUUCUCUCCAUAUAUUCUAGUGAGUCUGUCGAGAAAAUUCAAACUAGAGGUACCCACAUUUAAAGGGAUGGCUUUAGAUAAAUGUACUGAAAAACCUAUUGAAGGAAAACUCCACAAGAAAAUCUGUUGGCAAGUGGGAGGGUUUUCAGAUGUUGAAUUACAUUUAUUUGGUGCGUGCAAAGGAACCAUGCCUACAAAGCCUGUUACGCACCUGCAUAAGGUAAGUCUGAAUACCAACUACUGAGAAGUGCGUAGGAAAGGCGUGCAGAAGAAGGCGUACAUUUCUUAAGUCUGAAUCGGGGCCUAUGUGUGUAUCCAGGCUCUGUCGCAGCCGGCCGCGACCGGGAGACUCAUGGGCGGCGCACAAUUGGCCCAGCGUCGUCCAGGGUAGGGGAGGGAAUGGCCGGCAGGGAUGUAGCUCAGUUGAUAGAGCAUGGCGUUUGCAACGCCAGGGUUGUGGGUUCGAUUCCCACGGGGGGCCAGUAUAAAAAAAAAAGAUGUAUUCACUAACUGUAAGUCGCUCUGGAUAAGAGCGUCUGCUAAAUGACUAAAAUGUAAAUGUAAAUGUAUCCUCCUUCCUUACAGAUGAGUCGGGAGAAGGGACAUUGCUGAUACCAGUGAAGGUUCAGUCCCACAUCGGGGUGCAGGGGGUGGUGUCUGGGCCCUGUCUCUCUGACCUCAGGGAGGUGAGGCGUCUGGACAGCCUGGUCAGAGCACACACUCUGCUGGCCGCCAUGGGGGACAGGGCAUCCCCCCACCACCAACAGAACCUACUCAGGGCCUAUAGCCUAGUGCUGCAGAUCUGGCAGGUAGGGACUCCUUUAAAAGCGACCACACCUAAGUUGUGUUCAUGAGGGCACACCGUAGCAAAACAUUUUGUAAUAGACAACAGGUUCAGAUAGUACCUUUUACGUUUCAUGCCUACUGAACACGAUCCAGUAAUUUCACUAUGUUUUAUACCAGCAGAUGCAUACAGUAUAAGCCACAAAAUGGUUUCUCAGUUGUUGUUUUUUUAUUUACGUUUAACAAAACGACGAGUGAUAGCAGUGCACUCCCAUCGCAGGUGUCCAUGGCAACUGCACGUGAGGUAAUCAGGGAGAUGAUGAAGAAUCCUCUAGUCCCAGCGUCCCGGCCAUGUCCCUCUGCAACAGCCAAAAAAGAAAAAGAUAAGGAGAAGGACAAAGGCAAAAAGUCUAAAGAGGUAGACCUGACCACCCAGACAGACUUCUUGAGAGAAGUCCAUGGCUAUUUUUAGUUGUUUUCUCAUUGUAUAGCAUUGCAAAUGACAAGUAAUGAAUAAUACGAUAUGUUAUUUUACCAUUGUACAGUCUUGCCAAUGUGCAGUUUACAGUAUUUGUACAGUUAAAUUGUACACUUUUGCCAGCUGAAAGCAAUUAGGAAUGAAUAUUAUGCCAAGGAAUACCAGAGCUUUUCUGUGUUUAAACAGCCACCCCCUAUUGAGGAGAAGCCCAAAGCCCGAAGGCCACAGGAUGAUGUGUUGCCCUCCAGCCCAGAGGAGUGGGCACAGUUUGACUGUCCCGAGGAGGUCCGCCAGGCCUUCAGAUUCGACACCAGCCCCCACUGCAUCAACAAACGCAGCAUCAGCAAACAGGCAGGCACCACUAAGCUCUCUCUUACUGCCUCUGUCAUAGAGCUCAAUGGGGCCAUAUUCAUUAGGGCACACCGUAGCAAAACGUUUUGCAACAGAAAAUGGACAAGUUCAGGUAGUCUGUCCCUAUUUCAGUCUGUUUUCUUCCUUUUGGUCCUUGAGUCAUUAUCGGAACAGGGACUGUUUCAAUUGGCCGUGGCGGCUCAGGGUCGAAGGCUUGAAAGCCGGAAACAUAGACAAGAUAUUGAUCCUCGUCUUGACAAGUCAUAAUUUGUUUGUUGGAUGUUGUGUUGCAAAUCAGAAUGUUGAGAUGAAAAAUAAGUGUAUUAAAUUAAGCUUAAAUUAAAGACGUGUAGUGAUAAUCCCGUGUAGCUCAGUUGGUAGAGCUUGCAACGCCAGGGUUGUGGGUUCGAUUCCCACGGGGGACCAGUAUGAAACUGUAUGCACUCACUAACUGUAAGUCGCUCUGGAUAAGAGCGUCUGCUAAAUGACUAAAAUGUAAAUGUAAAAUGUGAUUGAUUUAUCUUAUGCCACUACAGUAUGCUAGUAUUAGGUGACACAAUUAUGCUUGGUAAUCAUACAAAUUAAAUGAGAACAUGCUCAGAUGGUGCAGUCCUACACAGUGUCAAAUAUGCUAAAUGAUGACCAGUCCAACACUUCAUGUGAUAUCAGGCUGUACUGUAGUGCAUUUUUUUCUCUGUUCUGUUCCACAAGCUGUAUCACCACAUACAGGUAGACAAGUUCUUAUUGUCUAUGGCUCAAAGUUUGUCCUACACGUUCUACACAUCAACUUUUACCACUGUCCUGCACUUUAACUACUUAUUCAAUUACUAAUUACAAAGGCAGGAUGUUAAUGAAACAAAAGAGUCAUGAUUAAGUAAUGUAUUUACUUCCCUUUCUUCCUGUGUCUGGGUGACUACAGACUCAGAGCCUGUUCUUCCUGGACCUUCUGGUAAAAGAGCUGCAGUCUCUCUCUCUCACCCACCUGACUCUUCCCAUACUGCACCUGGCUGAGGUCAUUGCCCAUGACCUGCUGGACAGAAGGAGCCUCUCUGACCUCUACUGUCUCAGGUGAAGCACGCCAAUAUGGCGUCAAGAGUUUAUUCUUUCUGUGUAUGCACAGGUGCAAUACUGCUACUUUCACUGGAAAUAGUCUCUGGGGCGUUUUACCAGAUACCAGGCUAAUACUGGACUAAAAAGCAUUUUCAAUGGAGAUUCUCCAUCUACCUUGCUUUUUAGUCCAGGACUUACUAUGUGUCCAGGAAACUGUGCAUACAAAACAUGAAGAACACCUGCUCUGACCACCAGGUGAAUCCAGGCGAAAGCUAUGAUCCAUUAUUUAUGUCAUUUGUUAAAUCCACUUCAAUCAGUGUAGAUGAAGGGGAGGAGACAGGUUAAAGAAGGAUUUCUAAGCCUUGAGACAAUUGAGAUUGUGUACAGUAUGUGUGCCAUUCAGAGGGUGAAUAGGCAAGACAAAAAAUGUUAAACUCAAUAUUAGGAAGGAGGUCCUAAUGUUUGGUAUACUCAGAGUAUGUUAGUUAAGGCUACUGCUUUUACUUUUGUCUUGUCAAUUAUUGAAAAACGGUAUAGAGCUAAACAUUCAAUAUGAAAGGUUUUCAACAUUUAUGUCAAUGUGUUGUCCAAAUCCUGCCCAUUGCAGAAUCAUUGAUUUAUUGUGAAAUAUUACCUAAUAGUUUUCUCAUUUAUUUCCUUAUUCUAACGUUUUAGAAUUGUGAGGAGCUGUUCUCAGCUGGUUAUGGAGACAUCUACAGUGUACCACGAGAAGCUCCUGAGCCUGACUGGUAUCCAUGAGCAGGAACAAAUGGAGUAUGUGUGCCCCACUCUUUCCCACCAGCUCCUGUACAUACUGAAUACUAAUUUGUAUUGGAUCUGUAGUGUUUACUCUUACUCUGUUACUAGUGUUUUGUCCUGUUUUGAUCUCCUGUACAUUCAUUAUUUCAUUGCAGGUGUCGCAAAGCUAUAGCUUUACAAAGAGAGAGAAACAGCCUGUAUAUGGAUUAUAAUUGCAAAACUGACAAUGAGGUUAGUUUCAAAGCGCCAUAGCUGAAAUGACCAAGCAGGAGAGACUAAAUCUCUGUACCAUACAAGGUGUAUUAUCACUGCAAGUGUUUAUAGACCUAGAAUUUAAGAGAAAGAAAGCGAAAUGACCCCUGAAAUGAAUAACUGUACUAGUUCUUAGUUUGAUUAUACUUUUAUUAUAGUUGAAAGCAUGAUUGGCAAGCAGCACAGGUGGAUUACAGUCAAACGCAGACAGGGAUGUAUGUCCUAACUGCACUAUCAUAAUGUGAAACUCAUAUCACAUCAUUAUCACAGGUUCAUGAGAGUUUAAUUAGUUGCGUCAUUAAAUUUCAUAUGGCCAUCACUCAUGUCAAUCUUGCGAGCAUUAUUAAUGGUUGUAAUUUCUCAUUGCCUUAACCAGAGAUCUGUAGCCCAUGAACAAUCCUUUAGAUUUACAGUAUGUUCAGACCUAACCUAUUGAGUUCAUUCCAUAAUUCCAUAUUUUCCAUGAGGUGCAGGGCCUGGGGAUUGAAUAGAAUUGAGGGAUCAGAAUUCUGACAAUGCUGCCUUUGUCCAUUUCUCCAUUUACAGAAGUCUGAGGUUGACCACAUCCGUCUGUCUGGGAAACAGUGUGGGGAUCUGUGUAGUCAGGAUAUCUGGCUUGAUAAGGCUGAGAUAUGCCUUGGUAUGGGGCUGUACCAACCAGCCAGACAGCUACUGGCAGAGGCCCAUCUGGUGGCUAAGGUGAGUUCUUUCAUUUUGAGUAAUUUUGUCAAUAGUUUGGUAUUAUUUGUCUAAGUAGUCCACUGCAUCUUUGUGAAGUGUUUCUGUGUUUCGGUUAAAACGUGUCUCCUAUUUAUGUGUAUGUGAAGCUCUUGUCAUAACAGUUAAGCAAUUAUUAAGCAAUUCACUUUUAUUCUGUUUUAUUCUUAUAUUGUGUGCUCAGGAGCUGGGAGAUCAGGCUGCAGUAGGGAGGAGUCUGCUUUCUCUUGCCGUCCUGGCCAGUAAGGAACAGAACCACUCUCAGGCCUUGGCACUACUAGAGAAGGCCCAAGGCAUGGGAGGUGACGAGGACUUCUGGUACAAGCUCACCCUGGCCCUGGUGACAGCUACGGUGGCCCAAAAGGGCCAGGAUACAGACACCAAGGUCAAGACUGUUCUGUUCUAUUCUAUUUUAUUAUAUUGAAGCUCAUUUACCUCCUCUGAAGCAAAUCUUGUCCUUUUCAAUGUGACCACUCUCUCCCGUUACAGGCAAGUCAAAUAGUAAAGCAAGGCUGUGUAGCCCUGAAAUUGAUGCUGGAAAAGAGGCGGAACCGAGGUCCUGAUCUCAGGUUUCUGAUCACGUCUCUGGAGAGCAGGUAAGGCUCUUGCUGUUAGUGUUCUCCAACUUCGGUCCUGGAGAGCUUCUGAGUUGUGCAGGCUGUCGAUCCAGCCCCGCAGGAAAUCACGUUAUGGUCCAGAGUCAGACUCACCACCUUGAUUAGUUUGAUAUUUGAAUCAGGUGUGGUACUGCAGGGUUGGAUCAAAAGCCCUGGUGUACAGUGUUCUCCCCUCUGCUGUGACCAAAGCAGACCUCUAGAUGUCACUGACUCACUGUGAUGUCUGUCUUUCAGAGGGGCGGUGGAGCGUGUGCAUGCAGCCAGCCCUGUCGAGCCCAGUGAGGCUCUGUCCACCCAGUCAGUGCAGAAUCUCAUGGCUGCCUGUGACACCCUGAGAGAGACCGCCAGUGAGUUCCUCCGACUGGGCCACAGAGAGCAAGCUGCCGAAGCUCUCCUGGAGCACGCACAUGCUUUGAGGUCAGACAUCACCACAACACCUCAUAGUACGAUCUAUCCAAUUUGGGAUCAAUAUCAUUCAUUCAUUCAUCCUGUCUACUAUUCCUCUGUUGGUCCGCUUCAAAUCAUUCACAGCAUGUUCUGCUUUGUAGGAUACUGGCUAAACACACUGACAAUGAGGGGAAACGGCGCCACCUGCUGGAUGCCUACUCCUUCAUGCAGCAAGCCGUCUCCGCACAGGAACAUGUGGUUCUGAACGCCCAAAGCCUGUUCCCAUCACAAGAGGUAAAGCACAUACUGUAUAUCUUCCCAAUAUCAGCCUUCAAGUCAGAACCUCACAAACAGAACAUACCAUACAGUUCAAACUCUUAGGUAAUACUUUGGACUUAUUUUUAAACCCGUUGUAAUUUUACUAAACAUCACCACCAGCUUGAGUCAAGUUAUUCUGUUAGAUUCUGAUCUAAGGAUGACGUGUGUAUGAAACAGAAAACAGAACGUGUUUAUUUAUUUAUUUUAUUUAUUCUGUAAUUUUUACCACCUUUUUUCACCAAUUUCGUGAUUACGAUCUUGUCUCAUUACUGCAACUCCCCAACAGGCUCGGGAGAGGCGAAGGUCAAGUAAUGCGUCCUCCGAAACAUCACCCGUCAAACCGCGCUUUUUAUGACCCGCUCGCUUAACCCGGAAGCCAGCUGCACCAAUGUGUUGGAGGAAACACCGUUCAACAGACGACCGAAGUCAGCCUGCAGGUGCCCGGCCCGCCACAAGGAGUUGCUAGUGCGCGAUGAGCCAAGUAAAGCACCCCUGGCCAAACCCUCCCCUAACCCAGCCGACGCUGGACCAAUUGUGCACCGCCCUAUGGGACUCCCGGUAACGGACGGUAAUGACACAGCCUGGAAUCGAACCCCAGGCUAGGCUGUAGUGAUGCCACAACACUGCGAUACAGUGCCUUAGACCGCUGCGCCACUCGGUAGGCCAGAACGCAUUUAUUGGAACCAUAUCUCAGCAGUGUUCUUCAUUGUAAUGGAAUUUGCAAAUCCUGUUUUGCUCAGCUGUUACAGUUCCUCAAAACAGAGUUCUGGCUAUCUGUCCUGGAACUGAAAGCAUUUGCAGAUGGCAAACAAAUUACACUCUAUUUAGAGAGUAACUGAACAUGUUGGCAGGGUUGAGAUUUGCUUGUGAAAAGUCCAUAUAUAGCUUGUCAGAAAGGCUGAUUCGCUGCUUGGACUCCUGUCGACCCAGGGCUGCCAAGUCCAAGUCAGUGCUGCUAAAUUAUUUAUUGAAUUAAUUUUGCCCUUUGUUUCACUAGGGAUCUACAUUGUUACAUUUUCCAAAUGGAUUAUUGUAUUAUAGAACAAGGAAUUCCUAAAAAGGAGAGAACCAUUCAUUAUAAAGCAGAUAAAUAUACCUAUAAAGAAGAUAAACCUCCUGAUCUGCCUGUUAAUACUCGCUCAAUAAAAAUGCCAUAAUCUGGGGUUUCUUACUGCCCAUGGUAUCUCAGCCAGUGGUGAUUCUAGCAUGUAAAUCUUGGUGGGGCAAACAAAAACAAAAAUGUGUGGAUGCAUGCCAGCAAAGCCACAACACAACACUAAACAAUACAUUAAUUGCACUAUAACGGUGACAAACGGUGCCCACAAACUGUUAGGGCCUACAUAAAGCUGUCCCAACAGCAGAGUCCCAACUGCAGAGUCCCAACAGAGUUACCACUGCUACACCUGGCUAUCAGCGGAGCCUUGUCUGGCAGCAAAACAGUUCAUUCAGCCUUUAAAAAAAACAUAGCUGAUAUGGCUGACUUGCUUAAACAAAUGUGGUUUCUACUGACAAUUGAAAUGUACAAACUAUGGCAUAAGGGGACGACAAGCGGAUAAGAGGCAAUAUAACUAUUUGUUCAGCAUGGGCCGUUCUUACAGUGUUCUCCCUUUACACCAAGUCAGAACCGUAGGAUAAAUAAAGGGGGCGUAUAAGCAGACAAUGAAAGCUCUUACAAUAGUCGAUGAUUACAUUUCUCUAAAACAGGUGACAGAACACUGAGCCAAUCACGGCGCAACUAGAGAACAUUACCAUCCCAUACGCUCCGUAUUUUCCGCUGUCUGCCUCACCACCACAGAAAGCACUGAGCUAGGCUGCAUUUGGGAGCUGCCUUACUCAAGAAAGCAAAAAAGAGACCAUGUUUUCAAACUGAUAUGUGACACGUAUUAAUGCCAAAAUAACAUGCUAAAUGUGGGGCUCUGCCCCACCUGCCCUGAAUGACGGGUCGCAACUGAUCUCAGCCAAAUCAUUACUGAACGUGUGUGGCCUCUGGUGGACCCACCUAUUUGCUCCAGACCUCAGUUCAUAUUUGAAGUACAUCUUGAUCUAAUCAUGAAAGGACAUUGAAAUAGCCUCUUGCUUCAUUAUUAAAACACCUGCUGAAAUCUAGAAGAAUCCAGUUAGCUAGAUACAAUCUAGUUUGAAGGUCUAAUUCUGCAUUUAGGAUUCACUGUCUGUAGCCCUGUGCUUUCAGCAGAUGGUGCUGCUGCCCCAAUAAGUUACAUGGAAAUGACAAACCAAAUAUGAAACCAGCAGUGUAUAUGAAUUAAUUUACUCUCGUGGAACCAGACGAGUGUCUGGAAAUUGCAUAUAAAGUUUGUCACGGAAGAUUUGAGUUCAUUUGACCCAAUCUACAUUUAUUUCUUGGUAACUUCCCUUUCAUUACGUAGUAAAUGAAGGUGUCACUUUUGUUCAGUCUGAAGAUGUACAUCGAUAUACAUUUAUCUUCUUCAUAAACUUUUCCAUUAUAAAGGAAAUCAAAUUCAGAUCUAAGGCUUUUAAAGCUAUCUUGCACUGGGUUGAAAAAUGAGCUGGGGCCAAUAAGACAUUUCACUUCUUGCAUUUGCAUUUACAGUGGUGUCUGUGCGUGUGUGCUUGUUGUUGUAACGUGUCUGUCUGUCUUUCUUUCUCUCUGUCUCUUUCUAUCUCUCUUUCUGCCCUCUGUACCUUCCACAGUGUCAGCCCCUGUCUCUCCCAGCCAUGAGGAGGCUGUUGCGGGUCAGACUGGCUCUGGCUGAGCUGUCCUUAGCCAUGCUGGAACAGGUUUGUGCUGAGGAGAACAGACUAGCCCUGGCCCAAGACAGGAAAGCCUCUGUGGAGAGAACCAUUGAGGAGUUUGUACGCAAUACACCAGACCUCGGCUCUGUAGAGCAGGUAAGGGCAUAGACAAGAGGCUGUGUCCGAAUAUCCAUACUUGUGUUCUAAAUAGUAGGCUUUUUGGGUAUGCGAAAAUUGAACUUUUUAUAGUAUGUGACCUUUCUAAAAUGUUUUACGCUUUAAAUACCAGGAUGUCAUACUCAUUUCGCUUUUCAUCAAGUAGAAUUCGCUGCACACUGAGGAAGAGAAUCAUAUUUUCACACUCACUUGUGUUUGACAACAGUUGAUAACAGUGGCGGCUGGCCGAUAGAGGGCGCUAGGGCGCCGCCCCCUUAAAUAAAAUUAUUUAAAAAAAUAAAAUAACAAAUAAAUAAAAAUAAUAAUAAUAAUAAUAAAAACAUCAGUAUGUCAAUAUUUGUGUGUUUGAAAUAUGGAAUGCACACAGUAAUAUGUGUAAGAUAUGAUAGAAAAUCAUAUUCGCAACCUUUCCUCUGCCUGUCAAACGCCUCGUCAGCUCUGGGCGAUACAGAAAGUGCCCCGAGGAGGCGGGUCUACGUAGCAGUUAAGCCAAUUGCUAAUUUAAGAUAUGAAUGUAUGACAUAAAAUGUAGCCAAUCAGCGAUCUUAAAUCGAAUCCAAGGAGGGCGAUUAUUUUAUCGCCCCAAGCUCGCCCCUGAUAAAAUAAGGACCGGGCUCCAGUGGCGCCAUUUUUACUAGACGACAAUGGCGAGCGCAAACGUUACUCCUCCAAGACCCAACCCUAACUCGGUGAAAUCUCUCCUCCAAGAUCCGUUUGAGAGGAGAACUUUGUCAGAGAAAGUUCGGGUGAAAGAGCUGGGCCCAGAUCAACCUGACCUCUCAAUCAGACAGCAGGCUAGCGAGAAAGGGAAGCAGUAUAUGCGCGGCUUCUCCCGUAGCUGGUACACCAGGAAGGCUUGGCUAGCUGGGUGCACUGAUGCUAAUGCUUUAUUUUGCUUUCCUUGCUUGCUUUUUAAAACGACGGGGUCAGAUUCAGCAUGGACAGGUACCGGAGUGAGGGAUAUGAAGCACCUGUCAGAGAAGGUAAAGAAACAUGAGAACACCAGGGCACACAUGGACAACUCUGUAAAGCUAGCUGUAUUAGGAAGGGUGAACAUUGCUACGCAGCUGGAUGACGGCCACAGGAUUGCGGUGAGGAAACACAAUGAGGAGGUGGAUAAAAACAGGCACAUUCUAUCCAAAAUUAUCGAUUGUGUGAAGUUCUGUGGGGCUUUUGAGUUGGCCUUGCGUGGGCACGAGGAGACUGACUCCUCGGACAACCCCGGCAUUUUCCGGGGCUUAGUGGAUUUUGUUGCCUCCCUCGACAGUGUGCUGGAGGAGCACCUGAAGACAGCUACCGUUUUUAAGGGCACGUCAAAGACGAUACAGAACGAGCUGUUGGACUGUAUGCUGUCAGUGCUUAAGGAUUACAUCCUGGAGGAAGUAAAGAGUGCUGAUUUUAUCGCCAUUCAAGCUGACGAGACGACUGACGUUUCCACCCACUGCCAGUUGGUCCUUGUGAUAUGCUACAUCGAUGCUAAAAGUAACGUCCAAGAGCGUUUUUUCGAGUUCAUUUUGAUCGAGAACGCAACCGCCGACACCAUCGCUACAGCGCUGCUGGAGAGGCUCAGCACCAUACUCUCACAUGGACAAAAGGCCAAACUUAUUGCCUAGGCUUACGACGGAGCAAGUGUGAUGAGGGGAGCCACCGGCGGAGUGCAGCGUAAAAUAGUGGAUGUGUACGAAAAUGCGCACUACGUCCACUGCUAUGCACAUCAGCUGAACCUCAUCAUGCAGCAGGCUACUUCACGCAUCCCCAGGAUCGGCACUUUCUUUUCCGACCUUGCAGGAUUUUCUGCUUUCUUCUCCAGGUCUCCCAAGCGAACCACCGUGCUUGACGAAGUGGUUGCGCAUAGACUCCCCAGAGCCUCUACAACACGGUGGAACUUCCACAGUCGCGCUGUAAACACUGUGUACGAGUACAGGGAUGACCUCCUAACGUGUUUCCAGACCAUCAGAGACUCUGGGAACUUUGAUGCCCCGACUGUCAGAGAGGCGGGGGGCUUUGUGAGGAUGCUCGAAGACGAGGCUUUCUGUUUUUUCCUGGCACUGUUCCACAAGAUCAUGCCAAAUGUGGACAUGCUUUUCAGCCAGCUGCAGAAGAGGAACAUCGACCCUGUCUUCAUUAAAGCACUUGUCCAGAGGUUCACAGACAGCAUGCUAACAAUCAGGUAAAUAACUAUAUUUACUAUUGGCUGAUAAAGAUGUUGUUAGAAAGAUGAAUAGUUCACUUACAACAGUUUAAAAGCCUAAAUGUGUCUGGUCAUCAAAGUGAGUGAUUAUCAUAGAGCCGUCACAAUUAUAUUUGUUUUAGUAUUUUAAAAGGAAAGAGAAGACACAAUCAGACGUUGAUAAUAAUGCAGGAAAGUACUACACAGUUUGUAAUAAUUAUUCAGGUGUCCACCAGGUCAAUUUCUAGAAGAGGCCUAGUUGUUAUUGAAGAUUAACUUUAUUGCUAAGUGCACAGCAGAACAAAAUGAUGUUGCAUCCCUCUCACAAAUGUAAUAGAAAAAGGCUUUAAAACGUAAUAACAUCAGUUAAUUAUGUACAUCACAGGUUAAAAGCAGUUACUAGACAUAGUUUGUGUGUAUAUACACACUAUCUGUCUGUCUGUCUGUCUGUCUGUCUGUCUGUCUGUCUGUCUAUAUAUAUAUAUAUAUAUAUAUAUAUAUAUAUAUAUAUAUAUAUAUAUAUAUAUAUAUAUAUAUAUAUAUAAAAGUCACUGGUUGUGUGUUGAGGGGGAAUUACAGUGAGUUAAGAAGUCUGAUUGCAAGUUAUCAAAUUAAACUUUAUUUUUUGGACCCAGGGCCUCAAUUCCCUCUUUGUGUGGGGACAGCGCAUCUGACGAGCAGCAACAGCCCAUCAAGCGACGGAGGAUGCUGGGACCAGGAGAACAACAGAGGUUGGCUAUAGAGGUAAGUUGUGAUGUAAUUGUCAGUGUUUCCCCCUAGAACUUUUUUCAGGCCUGGUAGUAUGUAGCCAAAACCCUGAACAAUCAGCACCUUGGUAAUCAUAUACUUGAGUUGGACAUAGGCAUGUGUCAGUCAGGAUCACUUGCAUCAAAAUAGCUUAAUUGCAAAUUAAAGCUGAUGAUGUAUCUUUUACAGGUAUGUGAUACCAUCCUGAGUCAUGCCAAAGAGAGGUUCUCCUUCACCCAGCACCUCAUCAGCGCAACACUAUUGCACGGAGAGUUGUUCCCACAACACAGUGUGAAGUUCCCCGAUACAGCGCUUGAAACAACCGUGGAGGCGUACCCCAUGUUGAACAAGGCCAAGCUCAAAACCGAACUGUCCCUCAUCUAUGAGAACAGUGAGUUCAAGGCUUGUAGUGGUGCAGUGCCCCUGUACCAGUUCUUCAUGGAGAACAACCUUCAGAGCACUUUCACAGAGACUGCCAGCCUCCUCAAGAUCCUCAUCACCACACCCAUGACAACUGCUGAGUCAGAAAGGUGCUUCUCUACACUGAAAAGGAUCAAGACCUUCCUGAGAAACAGCAUGACACAGGAUCGCCUGAACGCUCUGGCCAUGCUCUCCAUGGAGAAGAAACUUGUCAGGGACAUUCCUGACAUUAAUUACAUGUUACAUGUUGGCUACCUAGCAACAUUACAUCAUUUCUGGAGGCAGUGGAAAUUUGACCUAGCCCACCAAGGCCAGCCCAACCUGGGUUGACUUCAAAGUCCCAAUGGAAACGGGGCUUAAGCCAGUGUCAAUGCGAUCGGUACCCCUCCCCUUGGCCCUAAUUACCCCUUCAAUGUUUGCAGAUCUGUAAGGUGAAAGUAAUAUGGUGGAAGCUUUACCACUACACCUAUACAGCCUCUUCAGACAUGCUAACAUCAAGGAAUUAGUGCCAAGGGGGAGGGAUAAGGAGCAAUUUGGGACUGGUGGAUAAACAUAGCUAAAGAAAACUACUAGCCUACACAGUUACAAAACUAUUUCCUCAAUUCUGGGAGGAUUAAUACAAGUCAAUGCCUGACUUGUGAGAGCGGGAUAGGAGAUUGCCGAUUGCAUCAACUAGCGCUUUGAAUUGAACAUUUUCGAUCUAAUAUUUAUGUGUGAAGCUGAUGAUUAAGCUCAGACAGAGGAGGCCUCGUGGGAUAUGGGCAUGCAGACUGCAGAGCACACACUCCUCUGGUCGAUCUUCAGUAGUUCUGUGGGAGGAGCGCAAUCAUGUCUGUCUGAUAGUAAAGGGCUUUUCUCCCAAAGUGAAAUCUCCACCACUAUUUAUGGGGCUGAUCUGAUCAAUACUGGCAGUGAUUAAGCUUAUUGCUGGAUGACUCGCUUCAUGUUGUUUCUCUCUGUUGCUGCUCCCCGUAAUAUCAGCUCCCCCUUGAAAAAACUAAGCGAGAUCUCACUAAGAGUAAGAUCUGUCCUGUAGCUACAACCUUUAAGGUUUUUUUGUUGAGAAAUGGCCCUUCUUCUGCAACCAAGACAAUUCAUUAAACCAAUGUGCUUUUGAUUUGGAGGAGUUUGUGUUUGUCUUGAAAUUCCCGAAAUGUGUACACGGGAGGGAGAAGCUCCUCCAUUAGAAGAAGUCCAAGUAGGUUUUGGAAUAAGGAUUAGGCCUACCUAGUGCAGUGUUUCCCAACUCACUUAUAAAUGUGACCUGUGGAAUGCACAUGGAAUUUAGACUUGGGAGCACUAGUGCCAGUCAGAUAAUACAUUAAAUGGCACAUGGUUACAACUGUAUCGUUGUUUCAAGUCCAGUGUGCUCAGGCUGUUGUUACAUUUGUAUCAUUUGAGGGGCGUGCAUCACCAGCAAAGUCAUUUGUAUCAUUUUUCUUCUGUGAAAACCAUUAGCACAGGCAAAUCUGAUUUAGGUUUAUGCAGAGUCAUUUAUUUCUUAAUACAUGGCUCUGGGCUUAGCUAUACCACAGCCCUGCCAUAGAAACAAACAGAACAUGACUUUGUGUCCGUGGUUGCACCUUUUAUAAUGCAGAAAACCGCUCGUUUGUAGCCCAAACCGUUCAAAACUAAAGACCUAUUUUAUCAGAGCUACAUUUUCUUCUUGGUGCAGAUUCGCGGGACGCUCUUACAGGGGUACACACAAAUUAACUAUCAUGAGUAAGGAACAAUCAAAACUAUGAAAAUAUUUCAAAUAAACCCUAUUUAAUCUCUCAACUUUUGUCACAGAAAAUAGAUGAUUUGCAGUAUGGAUCAGAUGAGAUGCAGGUCAUUACCACUAAAUAAAUGAAUAGGGACAUUUUAGGUGUGCCGCAGAAUUUCUUCCUUUAUACAUACCUCCAUUUCCUCUGUGGCCCCCUCUAACCACCCCCUCCCCUUUGUUCCCUCUGUAGGAGUGGAUAUCUACAGGGAGGACCCUGGGGCAGGUGGCUUUGAGCCAGCUGGCCACGGUCAACUUCCUGUCCCUGGGCUGUGUGGAGACCAGAGCCAGCUCUCUGAGCCUGAUGGGGAAGUGCCUGAGGCUGCUAGCCAUGCAGAGAGACCCGCUCUACCCCUUCACCCUCUGGGAUGGACACAACCUGGUACGGACACUCUGACAGACAUUACCAAAAACAGUAAAAAUUGACUAAAAUUGACUUUUAGGGGGGCUCAAAGUGACUUUUAGAGAUGUCAUUCCUCUUCACAAAAAUCUAAGAGCUCAAAAACAAUUGUCAGCGUUCAUGACCAGAUUGUAAACUAAUCUUGAUUCUAUGAACAGGAGGAGGACCAGUCAGAGUCUAAAGCCAGCCCUGAGGAGGAGGAGGAGGAGGAGUUAACCGGAGAGAAUGGCCGAGAAUCAAGCAGAACGGAGCCCAGACAUUACACAGCCAAAUGUGCUGAGUUGCAGGUACUGUAUAGUCUACCUGGAACCUUUCCUCCACUUUAAUCUGGUGUCUUUAGACAAAGCCUAGUCUAUCUUAUCUUCAACAGAAGUCACGUUCUUGGCUAGUCUUUAUUUAUUGUAAAAGACAGAUAGUCUUUAUUUUAAAAGUAAUCUUGGUUACCCAGAAGUAAAAAUUAUCUCAUUAAAGUUUGUAGUUUCCUGUUUUACUUCUGGGGGGAAUGCUGUUAACAAUUGUGAUUACCUUUGUGCAAAGGAAGGAAGCGAAGUCUCCUCCCUCGCAAACGGAAACUCUCGGCCAAACCCCUCCCUUCCGCUAAUUUCACCCGUGUUUAUCAUGGCCAAAAAGGACAUUUUUGUUUUCAUGAAUUUUUACGAUACAGCCAAUUUUGACUUUGUGGCUGUGGAAUCUAGUGGAAACUGUUUAUCAUCCGCACACGGGCUUGAAAAUCACAGCACAAGUUUAAGCACCGCCCAAUCCUGAUUCGUCCAAAUAAUCAAUGACGAAAACCCCAAACCAGGAACUACUGUUGCUCGUAAUCACAUAAUUCUACGUGCGCUUUGACAGAUUCUCGCAGUUUCAUCUGUCCACGAGAGAUUAUAUUAAAAGUAACCUAAGAAUGUCAAGUCCAUCCAGAAAUGUAACUCUGAAGUUGGUGCAAUAGAUGAAUAGCAAGUGGCAUAAUGAUAGCAUGUUGGCAUACACAACUUGUAGCUACUUGUGUUCUCUCUCUCUCUGUGUGUGUGUGUGCGCGCGCCCGUGUGCGUGUGUAUUCCAGAGGAGAAAACGUUCUGCCCAGCAGCUGCUGGCUCAGGCCAGUGAGACUUUAGCCCAGGCCAUCAGCCUCUCCCUCCAACACAAACUCCCCAGCUCCAUCCUCUCAGAAGCCUGUCUCAAUAUGCUGGAGUGUCACGGCCAGUUUGACCCCUGUGCCACCGGUCAGUACCUGGCCCUGCUCCAGGUACAGUGUACAUGCAUGUGUAUGUCCGCGUGUCUGCACGUGUGUGUGCAAGUGUGCGUAGUUAGACGCUGUUUUGGUCACUGUAAAAUGUGUGUCACAGUCUAACUGUUUGUGUGUUAGUGUCCCUACUCCCCUUAUAGCAGAUAUUGAUUGUGUGCUUUUGCUCAUCUCUGUUAAUCUCUAUUCCCAGAGCUGCUCCUGCACUGCUAUGAUGGCUGACAUUCUAAGAUCUGCUUGCACUGACACUCGUGUGUCCCAGCUCUCUACGUUACUCAACCUACACAGGAACCUGCUCCCCUCACAGGAGGAGACCCCCACUAGUCUGCUGAAGGGAGUGGAGGACUCACUCAAUGGCCUCUCCAAGGUACCGUCCCACAAAACACCCUCAAUACAACAUAUGUUUUCUAGGCACCAUAGAGAUACACUUGAACCCCCAUUACUGGUUCCUCAUAAAUGUAAUGCAAUAUAUUAAAUAUGCCUUGUUUUGUUUCACACAUUGAAUGCCAUGUGGUCUCUCUGUGGUGUAUCCAUCUUUCUUAGCUGGCUAAUUGCCCUUAAGAGUGUGUUCAUUACAAGCUUUGGAUAAAGUAUUUAUUUGCAGUUGCCAUUUCAAUUAUGUAUCAACAUAAAUAAUGUACUCAGUAUAAAUGUAUCAGCAUGUAUCAAAUCCGUGCCCAGGCCUACAGCCACCUGACCAUCAACCCAAGUCACCUGAGUCUCCUGGGAGAGCUGCCCUCUAACCUGAAGAUCCUGCUGCUUCAGCACACACAAGAUAGGUACAUGUCAACGGGGGCUUUUAGUCUGUCCACCGUGUGUCAGACACACACAAGCCCACAAGUCUACUCUGGCACCAUCUGUUACGCUGGCUCAUGGUCUGUAAUGUUAUGACCGCGUGGUCACAUUUCACAUUAGGUUAGUUUACAUACAUUUUCUGGAGCAGAAGUGGCCUGGGUGCAAUACCUGAUGAUGCCACAAGAGGGAUAGUGUCAUCCUAUGUCCUCUGUAGAAUCAGCACAGUCGGACUCCUGCUAUACCAUUUUAAAUACUUCACUGUAAAUGCCACCCAUACGUAUAAAGUACUGUCGUGACACAGUUUGCAGGCAAAGAGGUGAAAUGUGUGUUCCUUUUUAGGUCAACUCUCUAUGGAGCUUUCUAUGAGAGGAGCAAACUAACAGAGAGUCAGAGAGGGAAGGCCAUGCAGGUUUCUGGUGAGGCUUCUCAACCUUUGGAAUAUUUUCAUUUAGUACAUGUUCAGUAGGUGGUAACCAGUAGCACACUUGCAUUUAUGGGAUAAGAAGAUGGAUGCCAACCUUUUAAAGGUUUAUUUUUGUGUGUGGGUGGGAUUUUCAUUGCUAUGAUAUGCAAAUCGUUUUUUUAAGACUUGGCAACAAGUCCAUUGAUAUGCUGCAGCACUGACCUUAAGUGUUAUCAGCAUUCAGAAUUAAACUUUAAAGAAAUAAAUCAUUCCAGCGUAACAUUUAGUACGCCAGGUCUCUCCCUAACAACAGGGCCCAUGAAAGGUUCAGAGCUAAUUUAGACAAAGAGACACAUGCAAAGAUGUACACCUCAAGCUGAACCUCGGCAAGACGGAGCUGCUCUUCCUCCCGGGGAAGGACUGCCCGUUCCAUGAUCUCGCCAUCACGGUUGACAACUCCGUUGUGUCCUCCUCCCAGAGUGCGAAGAGCCUUGGCGUGACCCUGGACAACACCCUGUCGUUCUCCGCUAACAUCAAGGCGGUGACCCGAUCCUGUAGGUUCAUGCUCUACAACAUUCGGAGAGUACGACCCUGCCUUACACAGGAAGCGGCACAGGUCCUAAUCCAGGCACUUGUCAUCUCCCGUCUGAUUACUGCAACUCGCUGUUGGCUGGGCUCCCUGCCUGUGCCAUUAAACCCCUACAACUCAUCCAGAAUGCCGCAGCCCGUCUGGUGUUCAACCUUCCCAAGUUCUCUCAUGUCACCCCGCUCCUCCGCACACUCCACUGGCUUCCAGUUGAAGCUCGCAUCUGCUACAAGACCAUGGUGCUUGCCUACGGUGUCACGGUUUUCAAAGCCAGAACCCAGAAGCAGACCAGGACAAGGUAAGUUGAAACAAAGGUGAGUGUUUAUUUAACAGAUCCACGAGUGAGGCUGAAUAAUCCAGGGAACAGAGCGGGCGGCGUGGAUGGGUUGUUGAGGGUGCAGUGGUAGGUCCAAUAAUGGCUCGGCAGCCGCCGACCAUCAGGCAGAGGUUGGGUGAAGGUUCCGGACGAGUGACUGCAGAUGGAACAAAACGGAGGUAAGUACACAACAAGCAAACAAGGUGCAAAACAACAAAACUAACGCUAUAUGCUCUAAGGCUGAUCCACUGAUAAACAUACUGUUCAUGGCUAACGAUCCGGCAGGGAAUGGAUGUUAGGACAGAGCCUAAGAAGGGUGAUGAUCAGGACCAGGUGUGCAGAUUGCUGAUGGGAUGCAGGUGCGGAAAUCAAGAGAGCUCCCGCCUAGCAACGUUGCCCGGCAACCAGGCAGGGAGCGUUCCAGAACCCUCGGGAAACUGGAGAUCCCGAGCAGAAAACUAGUAACCUAGACAGGAACCGACUCAGACUGCAGGGUUCGUUACAGUACCCCCCCUCCGACGAACGCCACCGGGCGGACUCCCCGGAGCGCCAGGAUGGAGGCGGUAGAAGUCACGAAUGAGGUCAGCAUCCAGGAUCUGUCGCCGCGGAAUCCAACUCCUCUCUUCAGGACCAUACCCCUCCCAGUCCACGAGAUACUGGAAACCCCGGCCCCGCCGUCUGGAAUCCAUGAUGCGUUGCACCGUGUAGGCAGGACCACCUCCGAUCAUCCGAGGAGGAGGAGGAGGAGGCGGAGGAGGCAACAGAGGACUGAGGAGAACAGGCUUGAGGCAGGAGACAUGAAAGGUGGGAUGGACUCUGAGCGUUCUCGGUAGUUUGAGUCGAACUGCAACCGGAUUGAUCACCUUCUCCACCACAAACGGACCAAUGAACUUCGGUGACAACUUCCUAGACUCAGUCCGUAAAGGAAGAUCCCGUGUGGCCAACCAGACCCUAUCUCCGAUGGUAUAGGUGGGAGCGGGAAUCCGGCGACGAUUCGCCUGGAGCUGAUACCGGUCCGAAACUCUAAGGAGUGCCUUUCUGGCCCGAUGCCAGGUCCGGUGGCAACAACGAAUAUGGGCCUGAACAGAUGGCACUGAGAGCUCCUUCUCCUGAGAAGGGAACAAGGGAGGUUGGUAGCCAUACAGGCACUGGAAGGGAGACAUCCCAGUGGCAGAUGUAGGGAGAGUAUUGUGGGCAUACUCAACCCAAGGCAACUGAGAGACCCAGGAGGUGGGGUUGGAGGAGACAAGGCAGCAUAGCGUGGAUUCCAUCUUCUGGUUGGCUCUCUCCGCCUGACCAUUAGAUUGGGGGUGAAAACCAGAUGUGAGACUGACUGUAGCUCCAAUGGCCAAACAGAAGGACUUCCAGACAGCAGAGGUAAACUGAGGACCACGGUCGGAAACGAUAUCACUGGGCAAACCGUGGACCCUGAAAACCUCCCUAACCAGGAUCUCGGACGUCUCCGAGGCAGAGGGAAGCUUGGCAAUUGGCACAAAGUGGGCGAACUUGCUGAAUCUGUCCACGAUAGUCAGAACGACCGUGUUCCCCUCAGAAGAGGGCAACCCAGUGACAAAGUCCAGGGCCAGAUGCGACCAUGGUCGCCGGGGAAUAGGAAGGGGGUGAAGUAGUCCAGAGCUGGGCCGAUUGGUACUCUUAUUCUGCGCACACACUGGACAGGCAGCAACAAAACCCCGAGUAUCCUCGGCCAUGGCCGGCCACCAAAAACGUCUGCGAAGAAACGCCAUCGUCCGAGCCACGCCAGGGUGACAAGCCAUCUUGCUGGCGUGGGACCAUUUGAGGACAGCAGGACGAACCGACUCAGGCACAAACAACCGACCGGGUGGACCGUUACCGGGACCGGGCUGCGUCCGAAGGGCCGCCAUCACCUCCUCCUCAAUCUUCCACAUAACUGCUCCCACGACACAGUUCCGGGGGAGAAUCGUCUCGGUCUUGGACCCACUCUCCUCCGUCUUGGAGAACAUCCGGGACAAGGCGUCCGCCUUGCCGUUCUUAGAUCCAGGUCGGAACGUCAGGGAAAAAUUGAAUCGUCCGAAAAACAACGCCCACCUGGCCUGACGGGAGUUGAGACGUCUAGCCGAUUGCACGUAAGCAAGAUUCUUGUGGUCAGUCCAGACAAUAAACGGUUGCUCCGCCCCCUCCAACCAGUGGCGCCACUCCUCCAAGGCAAGUUUCACCGCGAGAAGCUCCCGGUUACCCACAUCGUAGUUCCUCUCCGCAGGCGAAAGACGACGAGAGUAGUAGGCGCAGGGAUGGAGUUUACUGUCCGUGGAGCAUCGCUGCGACAGAAUGGCGCCAACUCCCACAUCAGACGCGUCCACUUCAACGACGAACUGACGGGCCGUGUCCGGUUGAGAGAGAAUCGGUGCGUUGGUGAAUCGCCUCUUCAAAUCCAGAAACGCUCGAUCCGCCUCCGGAUUCCACUUGAAGGUCCUGAUACUGGAAGUCAAGGCAGUUAACGGAGCGGCCACACGGCUGUAAUCCCGGAUGAAUCUGCGGUAGAAAUUCGCAAACCCCAAAAAUCUCUGGAGCUGCAAUCUCGUACCGGGCUGGGCCCAUUCCAGAACCGCUCUAACCUUCUCCUGGUCCAUCCUAAUCUCUCCCCUGGAGAUGAUGUACCCGAGGAAGGAUGUCGUGUGGGCGUGAAACUCGCACUUCUCGGCCUUCACGAACAGGCGAUUCUCCAACAAUCGCUGCAGAACCUGUCGGACAUGCUGGACGUGGUCGGAAGGUUCCUUCGAGAAGAUCAGAAUGUCAUCCAGGUAAACAAACACAAAGAGACCGAUCAUAUCUCUCAGGACGUCGUUCCCAUACUCUGGAAUACCGCUGGAGCAUUGGUCAGUCCAAACGGCAUCACCUGAUACUCGAAGUGACCCAUCGGUGUAUUGAAACCCGUCAACCACUCGUCCCCCUCUCUGAUCCGGACCAUGUGAUACGCAUUGCGUAGGUCUAGUUUGGUGAACACCGUAGCACCCUGUAAGGAGUCGAAGGCAGAGCUCAUCAAGGGCAGGGGAUACUUGUUCUUGACCGUGAUGUCAUUCAACCCCCGAUAAUCAAUACACGGUCGAAGAGAGCCAUCCUUCUUACCCACAAAGAAGAAUCCUGCCCCCAGGGGUGAUGACGAGGGACGAACGAGACCAGCAGCUAGGGACUCCUUGAUGUAGGUCUCCAAAGCCUCACGUUCAGGUCGGGAGAUACUGUAUAACCUUCCCUUGGGGUAGACAGCUCCAGGGAACAGGUUGAUGGCACAAUCAUAUGGUCGGUGGGGAGGGAGUGACAGAGCCUUCUGCUUACUGAACACUUCCCCCAAAUCGUGAUAUGUCUCGGGAACCAGGGACAAAUCUGGGGGUUUAGCCUCAAUCACCUGACUGGGAACCGAAUGGGGACAGGCAGUCUUGAGACAGUUAGCAUGACACUCAAGGCUCCAACUCGUUACCUUGCCCGUCACCCAAUCGAACGUGGGAUUGUGUUCCUUCAGCCAGGGGUAUCCAAGGACCAGAGGAACAUGGGAAGACGGCAGAAUGAAGAAUGAAAUCAUCUCAGAAUGAUUCCCCGACAACAGCAUCUUAACCGGUUCAGUCCUCAUCGUGAUACGUGCCAGACUACUGCCGUUCAGAGUGGUAGCUUCAAUGGCUUCCGGCAAUUGCUCUUUGGAAAGCCCCAGCUGUUCCACCAACUCGGCAUCAAGAAAGCUUCCAUCGGCACCUGAAUCGAUAAAAGCGUUAAUCGCUAAGCUCUGAUUCCUGUUCAUAAGGGUAGCCGGGAAACGGGGUCUGACAGAGGUAUUGAGAGGUCGAAACUGGCUCGCUAAAAGUCCUCCCAACUUUAGCGAGCCGCGCAGUUUGACGACCGCCGGGAACAAGUGGCGAGGUAAUGUCCCGAACCACCACAGUAGAGGCAACAGUUAGUCCUACGUCUGUGUUGGCGCUCCUCCUUGGUUAACCCGUGCCGCCCCACUUGCAUGGGUUCAGAAUCGGGAGACAGGACCUCUCCACUAAUCCUGUGUGGUGGACGAUGAUCGACGUAUUCUGGUCCAAUCCCCGACCCGACUGGAACCUGAGACGCUGAUCGGUUGGACGGGGCCCAUUGCUUCUCCCUCCUUCGCUCUCGGACUCGAUUAUCCACCCGAAUAGACAAGGCUACCAAGCUGUCCAGGUCACUAGGCUCCGGAUAGGAGAUCAACUCAUCCUUGAGCUGCUCCGACAGACCCUGGUAAAAGGCCGCUUGCAGAGACUCCUCAUUCCACCCACUCUCCACAGCCAACGUCUUGAACUCGAUCACGAAGUCGGCCACGCUGCGAGUUCCUUGGCGAAGCGAAAACAGGCGCCUAGCUGCGUCCCUCCCUCGGACGGAAUGGUCGAAGAGCUUCCUCAUCUCGGCCGUGAACCCCUGGUAUGAAGCCAUGCAGGGGUCCUGUCGUUCCCAAACGGCUGAAGCCCACUCCAGCGCUCGACCACGCAGCAACUCAAUCACAAAGGCUAUCCUAGCCUUGUCUGUGGCAUAAGAGUAGGGCUGUAGAUCGAACACUAACCCACACUGCAUAAGGAAAGAACGGCAUCUUCCCAGCUCCCCCUCAUAUUUAUCCGGCGUCGGAACCUUGGGCUCACGGAACGACACAGCUCCAGAAGCGGCAGGCGAGAUGGGUGAAACCGGUAGUGGAUUCUCCACCGGAAACUUGCGCUGGUUCUGGACCUCCGUCAGACCGGUAGAAAGGUUCCGAACUGACAACGCGAUCUCCUGUAGUACCGUGCUAUGAUGGCCCAACAUCUUCUCCUGAUGGGUAAUGGCAUGGCGAACAGAAUCCAGGUCCGCUGGGUUCAUUACGGGCCGGAUCGUUCUGUCACGGUUUUCAAAGCCAGAACCCAGAAGCAGACCAGGACAAGGUAAGUUGAAACAAAGGUGAGUGUUUAUUUAACAGAUCCACGAGUGAGGCUGAAUAAUCCAGGGAACAGAGCGGGCGGCGUGGAUGGGUUGUUGAGGGUGCAGUGGUAGGUCCAAUAAUGGCUCGGCAGCCGCCGACCAUCAGGCAGAGGUUGGGUGAAGGUUCCGGACGAGUGACUGCAGAUGGAACAAAACGGAGGUAAGUACACAACAAGCAAACAAGGUGCAAAACAACAAAACUAACGCUAUAUGCUCUAAGGCUGAUCCACUGAUAAACAUACUGUUCAUGGCUAACGAUCCGGCAGGGAAUGGAUGUUAGGACAGAGCCUAAGAAGGGUGAUGAUCAGGACCAGGUGUGCAGAUUGCUGAUGGGAUGCAGGUGCGGAAAUCAAGAGAGCUCCCGCCUAGCAACGUUGCCCGGCAACCAGGCAGGGAGCGUUCCAGAACCCUCGGGAAACUGGAGAUCCCGAGCAGAAAACUAGUAACCUAGACAGGAACCGACUCAGACUGCAGGGUUCGUUACAUACGGAGCUGUGAGGGGAACGGCACCUCCGUACCUUCAGGCUCUGAUCGGUCCCUACACCCAAACGAGGGCAUUGCGUUCAUCCACCUCUGGCCUGCUGGCCCCCCUACCUCUGCGGAAGCACAGUUCCCGCUCAGCCCUUGUCAAAACUGUUCGCUGCUCUGGCACCCCAAUGGUGGAACAAGCUCCCUCACGACGCCAGGACAGCGGAGUCACUCACCACCUUCCGGAGACACUUGAAACCCCACCUCUUUAAGGAAUACCUGGGAUAGGAUAAAGUAAUCCUUCUACCCCCCCCCCCCCCCCCCCAAAAAAAAUAAAAAAAAUAAACAUAUUGUAAAGUGGUUAUCCCACUGGCUAUAAGGUGAAUGCACCAAUUUAUAAGUUGCUCUGGAUAAGAGCGUCUGCUAAAUGACGUAAAUGUAAAUACCUGGACACGGACCCUUUCACCUUUCGUCUGCAGUCGCUAGCCAAGCAUGGGAAUAGCAGAUUUUCUCAUUCCAAAAAACAAAGUAACGUUUAUCUCCUCAAAUGAUCUUUCUGUAGACUCUGCUGUUCGAAAAAGCACAGGCUAGCAUCUGGACUUGUUUCGGGAGAAUGAGAUCAAAUACGUUCAUCACAAAGAAGAGAGGGGGAGGGAGGGAGAGACAGGGUUCGUACGGUCAUGAAAAUACUGGAAAAGUCAUUGAAUUUUAAAAUGGUGUUUUCCAGGCCUGGUGUAUCCAGGUGUUUCCACCGACACUUGCGAAUAAGGCCGUACAAAAUUGAUUAACUUUUUUGAACGAUUCAUAUGAUUAAUUUAAACAAUUAUUUUUGAUGAAACGAACGAUUCACUUUGCUAUUCUAUUAGUUGGGAUCCAGUUAAAUCGUGGUGAGUCGAAUCAUGUGAAUCAAAAUAAUAAUUAUUGAAUCGUGAACAUUAAUUUUAGGAAAAAAUAUUAGAUUUAGCCUUUCUUUUGGAUUAUGUGGCUUCAAAACUUGUUUUAUAGAUAUUUCCAGUUGAUUUUGGCAUCCAAUGUAUGGGACAUUGCAACUCCAUAGAUGUUAGUCAGCCUGCAAAGUAAACACUUCUAAGGUAGCUAAGAUAAAUAUUUGAAAAAGAAAAGGCGAGCCGCACACUCUAGAAGCUCAGAUGCAAUAAAUUAAUAACAAUGUUUUGACAGCCAAGAUGUCUUCAUCAGGGUAUAGGCUAAGAUAAAUAUGACUAAACUAGAAAAGGUUAAUUUCCUGAAGAAAAUGUGUGUGCUUGCUUCAGCAGAAUAAAAUCAUUUGUAGCUUACCAUAGCCAUUUGAUCUUUGAUAUAUUGAAUGAGCAAAUUAUUUAAGAAGGCAUAAAAUGUAUUUGAUUGUAAUGUUGCAACGUUUUACAUCAAGGGUGGUCAAUCAUCCUCCAGGAGAGCUAAUGAGUGUGCAUGCUUUUAUUCCAGUCCCCCUCUAACAAACCACAUUUAAUAAAUGAGCUGGUCAACCGGACCUUGGUAAACUAGCUCUGAUGUGUUUGAGCAGGGCUUGAUGAAAAGCCUGCAGAACCUGUAGUUCUCCAGACUGAGGGUUGACCACAUGUCUUUUAAACAGUUGCCUAACAGGUAUUCUACUUUGUGGGUGGUUAAGUGCCUUGCUCAACGACAGGAGGUGGUACAUGGGAUCAGAGCGCAGCCACCCAUAGUGUCGAUACCACAUUACGCUUACUUUUUUAUACGUACAUAGAGACGCUGCCAAUUGUUGGUCAUGGAAAUUUGGUUAAAAGUCAUGGAAUUCCAUCUUUCAAAAUGUGUAUGAACCCUGGAGAGAGGGAGGGAGAGACCGGGAGGGGAGAAAGAAAGAGAGAUGGGAGGAGGUACUGAGCAGAGAAGGCGGAUGGGGGCUCGGGGGGACCAAUUACAGAGGCUGUGCUGUUCUUUUGUUGCAGGUACGCUGGUCUGUACCAGGGUCGCCAAGGUUGCUGUCCACCCCAGGGCUCUGCUUGAUCUCCGGGACAGAACACAAGCCUUCAGACGCGAGACCAAACACAACUUCUUGAAGGAGGCGCAUUGGCUUGGCAAUGAGGGCAGGGCGGGGAGCGAGCGUCACAUUCACCCAGUAGGUCACAAACCCUCUACAACCCCUUUAUGAACCCUCUACGACCCUUUGACUUGGCUGUGCAAGUAACAUUUUUAAUUGGUCGCAUCGGUGCGAGCUGCAAAUUCUAGUAUGCUUAAUUCCAAAAAGCUGAGUUACUGUAUCUCGAUACAGGUGCAUGGGAAUAAUGUGAUUACUUCAAAGAAAAGAGAAAUCCGCACACUGCUUUUGCUGGCAUCAUACAUUUUAUUAAAGCUUUCGUGUCGGCCUCUUGGCCUUCGUCAGAGCUUUGAGCUUUAAUAAGUGACACAAGCAAGAGCAGUGUGCAGGUUUGUCUUUUCUUUGAAAUACUUUUGCUGCAACUUUUUUUAGGACAUUAUAUGUACUGUUAGUUUUAUUAAUUACACAAUGGUGAAUUAGCCCCAAAUGAAUUAGUCUAUGUCAUAUUGGUACACAAAAGUGAUUAAGCAAAUGAAUCUCUAUUGAACAAAAGGAAUAUGCAAUUCUGGAGCCUUAUUUUGAGAGUAAAAUAUAGCAACAAUAGCCUAAUUGUCAACCCAAAAUGUAUGACAAUCACUUUUUUAGAUUGCACACAGAAAUAUCUUGAUCCUGCUUGGACUUGUUAGAUUAAACGUAUUUCUUGAAACAUACCAUCUAUGUAGCACUGUGAAUUACUUUAUGAGAUGAUUGCAAAAAAAAUCGAUUUUAUGAUGCCUCAACAACAUUAUGGUGCGACCAAAUCAUGACCUGGUGCCACCAACUGAAAAUGUUAGUGGCCCUGCUCUAUUACCCCUCCACAAACCCUCUCUUUUUCUCUUUUAAUAUGAUCGACUGGCCUCAUAAAUAAACCAGUCUACAACAAUAUCCCGGAGCUGAAUGUCUCUCUCUCUUCCCUCACUUUCUUACGAUAUCGGAUUUUAAUGUCCAAACAUUGUUCAAGUUAUGUAGGUCUGUGUAAUCAUUGUCAGUGCUCGAGACAAGUGUUGAUCUUACAUGUCAGCUAGGCUUUUACUUUUUGUCUCUGUACAGAAAUCGAACUCAGAAGAGAAAUUGGAAUCUCAUUUUAAAGCCAUUGUACAAGAAAUGGAGGACUAUUUGUGUCCAAUCCUCUCUCAAUUUGACUUCUCAUGCUUCAGGUAAGUCAGUACAGGUCCGGAUAUUGUCCUGUUUUGUACAACUGUCAUUUUAGGGUAAAACAAUUUUAUACAUUUUUCUUAGCUGUACUGGGAGGUCAAAAACAGUUCUGUUUAUUGCCGAACCUAAACUUAACCCAACCCCUUACCCUAACGUUAACCAAUUGGGAUUACUUACUGUACCUAAACGUGACCAACCUCUUUUCUUGGCUAAACCACUCAACCAAUGACAUUGUUUCUGCCCUUGAGGCAGAGCUGCCCUGGGAACAAGAUUGAAUAAGGAAAACUCCAAUGCAGUUGAUUUUAUCUACAGUUCAUCAUAGAGCUGGGCGAUAUGGGCAAAAAUCCAUAUUGCAAUGAAUUGCCUGAAUUGAUGCGAUAACGAUGAAUAGAACGAUAAGACAAUAACAUUAAUGUGCACCACAGAUUAUUUGUUAUUAUCCUUUAAACUACUACUAGUAAUUUGAUGGUAGCCAUCAAUUGUCAUAUUAACCCAUAUUAGCAAACUUAUUUCAUUUCUAGUAUACAGUGAGGGAAAAAAAAUGUUGAUCCCCUGCUGAUUUUGUACGUUUGCCCACUGACAAAGAACUUAUCAGUCUAUAAUUUUAAUGGUAUGUUUAUUUGAACAGUGAGAGACAGAAUAACAACAAAAAAAUGCAGAAAAACGCAUCAAAAAUGUUAUAAAUUGAUUUGCAUUUUAAUGAAGGAAUUAAGUAUUUGACCCCCUCUCAAUCAGAAAGAUUUCUGGCUCCCAGGUGUCUUUUAUACUGGUAACGAGCUGAGAUUAGGAGCACACUCUUAAAGGGAGUGCUCCUAAUCUCAGUUUGUUACCUGUAUAAAAGACACUUGUCCACAGAAGCAAUCAAUCAAUCAGAUUCCAAACUCUCCACCAUGGCCAAGACCAAAGAGCUCUCCAAGGAUGUCAGGGACAAGAUUGUAGACCUACACAAGGCUGGAAUGGGCUACAAGACCAUCGCCAAGCAGCUUGGUGAGAAGGUGACAACAGUUGGUGCGAUUAUUCGCAAAUGGAAGAAACACAAAAUAACUGUCAAUCUCCCUCGGCCUGGGGCUCCAUGCAAGAUCUCACCUCGUGGAGUUGCAAUGAUCAUGAGAACGGUGAGGAAUCAGCCCAGAACUACACGGGAGGAUCUUGUCAAUGAUCUCAAGGCAGCUGGGACCAAAGUCACCAAGAAAACAAUUGGUAACACACUACGCCGUGAAGGACUGAAAUCCUGCAGCACCCGCAAGGUCCCCCUGCUCAAGAAAGUACAUAUGCAUGCCCGUCUGAAGUUUGCCAGUGAACAUCUGAAUGAUUCAGAGGAGAACUGGGUGAAAGUGUUGUGGUCAGAUGAGACCAAAAUGGAGCUCUUUGGCAUCAACCCAAUCAUUACAUUUUAGUAAUUUAGCAGACGCUCUUAUCCAGAGCGACUUACAGUUAGUGAGGGCAUACAUUAUUAUUUUUUUGAUUUUCUUUUUUAUACUGGCCCCCCGUGGGAAUCGAACCCACAACCCUGGCGUUGCAAACGCCAUGCUCUACCAACUGAGCUACCUCCCUGCCAGCCAUUCCCUCCCCUACCCUGGACGACGCUGGGCCAAUUGUGCGCCGCCCCAUGGGUCUCCCGGUCGCGGCCAGCUAUGACAGCGCCUGGAUUCAAACCAGGAUCUCUAGUGGCACAGCUAGCACUGCGAUGCAGUGCCUUAGACCACUGCGCCAUCUCGGGAGACAACCCAACUCGCCGUGUUUGGAGGAGGAGGAAUGCUGCCUAUGAUCCCAAGAACACCAUCCCCACCGUCAAACAUGGAGGUGAAAACAUUAUGCUUUGGGGGUGUUUUUCUGCUAAGGGGACAGGACAACUUCACCGCAUCAAAGGGACGAUGGACGGGGCCAUGUACCGUCAAAUCUUGGGUGAGAACCUCCUUCCCUCAGCCAGGGCAUUGAAAAUGGGUCGUGGAUGGGUAUUCCAGCAUGACAAUGACCCAAAACACACGGCCAAGGCAACAAAGGAGUGGCUCAAGAAGAAGCACAUUAAGGUCCUUGAGUGGCCUAGCCAGUCUCCAGACCUUAAUCCCAUAGAAAAUCUGUGGAGGGAGCUGAAGGUUCGAGUUGCCAAACGUCAGGCUCGAAACCUUAAUGACUUGGAGAAGAUCUGCAAAGAGGAGUGGGACAAAAUCCCUCCUGAGAUGUGUGCAAACCUGGUGGCCAACUACAAGAAAUGUCUGACCUCUGUGAUUGCCAACAAGGGGUUUGCCACCAAGUACUAAGUCAUGUUUUGCAGAGGGGUCAAAUACUUAUUUCCCUCAUUAAAAUGCAAAUUCAUUUUUUCGAUUGUUAUUCUGUCUCUCACUGUUCAAAUAAACCUACCAUUAAGAUUAUAGACUGAUCAUUUCUUUGUCAGUGGGCAAACGUACAAAAUCAGCAGGGGAUCAAAUACUUUUUUCCCUCACUGUAGGCUAUGAUCGGUAUGGUCAGUGGCGAUUAUUUUCUGUUUACCUUCCCAGCUCUAGUUCAUCAUGUCUGACUUAUUCAUUUGUUGUAUCAGCUAGACAUUGCAAGAUAUUAAAAUGAGUUUUUGUGUCGGUGUGGCCUGUGAUCUUUCUCUCUCUCUCUCUCUCUCUCUCUCUCUGUGUGUGUUUGGUUUUACUAUCCUUAUGGGGACCAGAAGUCCUCACAAGGAUAGUAAAACAAGGGACAUUUUGACAAGUGGGGACAUUUCGCCAGUCCCCACAAGAAAAAAGGCUAUUUUUGGUACAGUGCCUUGCAAAAGUAUUCAUCCCCCUUGGCGUUUUUCCUAUUUUGUUGCAUUACAACUUGUAAUUUAAAUUGAUUUUUAUUUGGAUUUAAUGGACAAAAUAGUCCAAAUUGGUGAGGUGAAAUAUUUAAAAAAAACUUGUUUCAAAACAUUCUAAAAAAUUAAUAAAGGAAAAGUGGUGUGUGCAUAUGUAUUCACCCCCUUUGCUAUGAAGCCCCUAAAUAAGAUCUGGUGCAACCAAUUACCUUCAGAAGUCACAUAAUUAGUUAGAUUGCACACAGGUGGACUUUAUUUAAGUGUCACAUAAUCUCAGUAUAUAUACACCUGUUCUGAAAGGCCCCAGAGUCUGCAACACCACUAAGCAAGGGGCACCACCAAGCAAGCGGAACCAUGAAGACCAAGGAGCUCUCCAAACAGGUCAGGGACAAAGUUAUGGAGAAGUACAGAUCAGGGUUGGGUUAUAGAAAAAUAUCUGAAACUUUGAACAUCCCACGGAGCACCAUUAAAUCAAUUAUUACAAAAAUUGAAAGAAUAUGGCACCACAACAAACCUGCCAAGAGAGGGCCGCCCACCAAAACUCACGGACCAGGCAAGGAGGGCAUUAAUCAGAGAGGCACCAAAGAGACCAAAGAUAACCCUGAAGGAGCUGCAAAGCUCCACAGCGGAGAUUAGAGUAUCUGCCCAUAGGACCACUUUAAGCCGUACACUCCUCAAAGCUGGGCUUUAUGGAAGAGUGGCCAGAAAAAAGCCAUUGCUUGAAGAACAAAAUAAGCAAACACAAAAGGCAUGUGGGAGACUCCCCAAACAUAUGGAAGAAGGUACUCUGAUCAGAUGAGACUAAAAUUGAGCUUUUUGGCCAUCAAGGAAAACGCUAUGUCUGGCGCAAACCCAACACCUCUCAUCACCCCGAGAACACCAUCCCCACAGGGAAGCAUGGUGGUGGCAGCAUCAUGCUGUGGGGAUGUUUUUCAUCGGCAGGGACUGUGAAACUGGUCAGCAUUGAAGGAAUGAUGGAUGGCGCUAAAUGCAGGGAAAUCCUUGCAGGAAACCUGUUUCAGUCUUCCAGAGAUUUGAGGCUGGGACGGAGUUUCACCUUCCAGCAGGACAAUGACCCUAAGCAUACUGCUAAAGCAACACUUGAGUGGUUUAAGGGGAAACAUUUAAAUGUCUUGGAAGGGCCUAGUCAAAGCCCAGACCUCAAUCCAAUUGAGAAUAUGUGGUAUGACUUAAAGAUUGCUGUACAUCAGCGGAACCCAUCAGACUUGAAGGAGCUGGAGCAGUUUUGCCUUGAAGAAUGGGCAAAAAUCUCAGUGGCUAGAUGUUUUUUAUUUUUUAUUUAACCUUUUUUUAACCAGGUAAGCCAGUUGAGAACAAGUUCUCAUUUACAACUGCGACCUGGCCAAGAUAAAGCAAAUCAGUGCGAUAAAAACAACAACACAGAGUUACAUAUGGGGUAAAACAAAACAUAAAGUCAAAAAUACAACAGAAAAUAUAUAUACAGUGUGUGCAAAUGUAGCAAGUUAUGGAGGUAAGGCAAUAAAUAGGCUAUAGUGCAAAAUAAUUACAAUUAGUAUUAACACUGGAAUGAUAGAUGUGCAAGAGAUGAUGUGCAAAUAGAGAUACUGGGGUACAAAUGAGCAAAAUAAAUAACAAUAUAGGGAUGAGGUAGUUGGGCGGGCUAGUUUCAGAUGGGCUGUGUACAGGUGCAGUGAUCGGUAAGGUGCUCUGACAACUGAUGCUUAAAGUUAGUGAGGGAGAUAAGUGUCUCCAGCUUCAGAGAUUUUUGCAAUUUGUUCCAGUCAUUGGCAGCAGAGAACUGGAAGGAAUGGCAGCCAAAGGAGGUGUUUGCUUUGGGGAUGACCAGUGAGAUAUACCUGCUGGAGCGCAUACUACGGGUGGGUGUUGCUAUGGUGACCAAUGAGCUAAGAUAAGGCAGGGAUUUGCCUAGAAGUGAUUUAUAGAUGGCCUGGAGCCAGUGGGUUUGGCGACGAAUAUGUAGUGAGGACCAGCCAACAAGAGCGUACAGGUCACAGUGGUGGGUAGUAUAUGGGGCUUUGGAGACAAAACGGAUGGCACUGUGAUAGACUACAUCCAAUUUGCUGAGUAGAGUGUUGGAGGCUAUUUUGUAAAUGACAUCGCCGAAGUCAAGGAUCGGUAGGAUAGUCAGUUUUACGAGGGCAUGUUUGGCAGCAUGAGUGAAGGAGGCUUUGUUGCGAAAUAGGAAACCGAUUCUAGAUUUAACUUUGGAUUGGAGAUUCUUAAUGUGAGUCUGGAAGGAGAGUUUACAGUCUAACCAGACACCUAGGUAUUUGUAGUUGUCCACAUACUCUAGGUCAGACCCGUCGAGAGUAGUGAUUUUAGUCGGGUGGGCGGGUGCAAGCAGCAUUCGGUUGAAGAGCAUGCAUUUAGUUUUACUAGUGUUUAAGAGCAGUUGGAGGCUACAGAAGGAGUGUUGUAUGGCAUUGAAGCUCGUUUGGAGGUUUGUUAACACAGAGUCCAAUGAAGGGCCAGAUGUAUACAAAAUGGUGUCGUCUGCGUAGAGGUGGAUCUGAGAGUCACCAGCAGCAAGAGCGACAUCAUUGAUAUACACGGAGAAAAGAGUCGGCCCAAGAAUUGAACCCUGUGGCACCCCCAUAGAGACUGCCAUAGGUCCACACAACAGGCCCUCCGAUUUGACACAUUGAACUCUAUCUGAGAAGUAGUGGGUGAACCAGGCGAGGCAGUCAUUUGAGAAACCAAGGCUAUUUAGUCUGCCAAUAAGAAUGCGGUGGUUGACAGAGUCGAAAGCCUUGGCCAGAUCGAUGAAGACGGCUGCACAGUACUGUCUAUUACCGAUUGCGGUUAUAAUAUCGUUUAGGACCUUGAUCGUGGCUGAAGUGCACCCAUGACCAGCUCGGAAACCGGAUUGCAUAGCGGAGAAGGUACGGUGGGAUUCGAAAUGGUCAGUGAUCUGUUUGUUAACUUGGCUUUCAAAAACUUUCGAAAGGCAGGGCAGGAUGGAUAUGGGUCUGUAACAGUUUGGAUCUAGAGUGUCACCCCCUUUGAAGAGGGGGAUGACCGCGGCAGCUUUCCAAUCUCUGGGGAUCUCAGACGUUACGAAAGAGAGGUUGAACAGGCAAGUAAUAGGGGUUGCGACAAUUUCGGCGGCUAGUUUUAGAAAGAAAGGGUCCAGAUUGUCUAGCCCAGAUGAUUUGUAGGGGUCCAGAUUUUACAGCUCUUUCAGAACACCAGCUGUCUGGAUUUGUGUGAAGGAGAAGCGGGGGGGGCUUGGGCAAGUUGCAGCGGAGGGUGCAGAGCUGGUGGCCGGGGUAGUGGUAGCCAGGUGGAAAGCAUGGCCAGCCGUAGCAAAAUGCUUGUUGAAAUUCUCGAUUAUUGUAGAUUUAUCGGUGGUGAUAGUGUUUCCUAGCCUCAGUGCAGUGGGCAGCUGGGAGGAAGUGCUCUUAUUCUCCAUGGACUUUACAGUGUCACAAAACUUUUUGGAGUUAGUGCUACAGGAUGCAAAUUUCUGUUUGAAAAAGUUAGCCUUUGCUUUCCUAACUGCUUGUGUAUAUUGGUUCCUAACUUCCCUGAAAAGUUGCAUAUCGCGGGGGCUAUUUGAUGCUAAUGCAGUACACCACAGGAUGUUUUUGUGCUGGUCAAGGGCAGUCAAGUCUGAGGAGAACCAGGGGCUAUAUCUGUUCUUAGUUCUGUAUUUUUUGAAUGGGGCAUGUUUAUUUAAGAUUGAGAGGAAAUUACUUUUAAAGAACAACCAGGCAUCCUCUACUGACGGAAUGAGAUCUAUAUCCAUCCAGGAUACCUGGGCCAGGUCAAUUAGGAAGGCCUGCUCGCUGAAGUGUUUUUGGGAGCGUUUGACAGUGAUGAGGGGUGGUCGUUUGACCGCGGACCCGUUACGGACGCAGGCAAUAAGGCAGUGAUCGCUGAGAUCCUGGUUGAAGACAGCGGAGGUGUAUUUAGAGGGUAAGUUAGUCAGGAUGAUAUCUAUGAGGGUACCCAUGUUUACGGAUUUAGGGUUGUACCUGGUAGGUUCGUUGAUAAUUUGUGUGAGAUUGAGGGCAUCUAGUUUAGAUUGUAGGAUGGCAGGGGUGUUAAGCAUAUCCCAAUUUAGGUCACCAAGCAGUACGAACUCUGAGGAUAGAUGGGGGGCAACCAAUUCACAUGUGGGCCAGGGCACAGCUGAGGGCUGAGGGGGGUCUGUAGCAAGCGGCAACAGUGAGAGAUUUAUUUCUGGAAAGGUGGAUUUUUAGAAGUAGGAGCUCAAACUGUUUGGGCACAGACCUGGAUAGUAUGAUAGAGAUGUGACAAUCUUAUAGAGACAUACCCAAGAGACUUGCAGCUGUAUUUCCUGCAAAAGGUGGCUCUACAAAGUAUUGACUUUGGGGGGGUGAAUAGUUAGUUUUCAGUUUUUUUGUAUUUCUUGUUUGUUUCACAAGAAAAUAUAGGUAGGCAUGUUGUGUAAAUCAAAUGAUACAACCCCCCCAAAAAUCUAUUUUAAUUCCAGGUUGUAAGGCAACAAAAUACAAAACAUGCCAAGGGGGGUGAAUACUUUAUAGAGGCUAUGUUUAGGGUUAGAUUUACAAUUAGGGUUAAGGUUAAAAUUAAGGUUAGGUUUAGGGGUUUAGGGUUAAGGAUAGGGUUAGGUUAAGGGAUAGGCUUGGGCGGUAUAUCGUAUUCUGUAUACCGUAUACCGGAGUAUUUGGAAAAAGCCACAGGAGGGUUUUUCAAUACCGUCAAAACAGUUUCUUUGAAGUUUUUCAAUAAAUGUGAAUAUUUAUAGCUACUUUUUAAAUUAAUACCAGCAGUCAACAUGUGCAAUACGUUAGGAGAUAAAGCAGAUAGCGUUCUUCAUUUCACCUGUCACAUUAUUUUACAUUAUGAAGCCUACCGUAGUUCCCCAGAACAGUUGAGCCAGUCACUUGUUUGUUUUUAAAUAGGAGAAAGCAGGAACUGGUGAGCCCAUAGCGUUCUAUAUCUAUCGGCCAGUCUCUGUUGUGCGGCGCACAUGAGGUGAUGAAGUUAGUCUUAUGCAUUUCAGUACUAAAUGUUUGCCAUCAGAUAUCUUAUAACGGCUUUCUGCUGUGUUUGAGAAGUCAAAGAGCCCUCUGAAUAAUUUAUCUGUACUGCUGCCAUUUUUUCCCUGUGCUUCCUACUAGCGUUUUUUUUCCUCCUCCAUUCUUCUCCCCUCUACUCCGUGUACAGAUGCUGCUCUUCCUUUAGAAAAGCAUGCAUCACAACUGUGUUCAUUUGCACUAUUUCUCCCAUUCACUUUCGCUUGUAAAUGUCCACGCUCCCGAAAAAUUAUAUUCGGUAGCUACUAGUUAUGCUUGUAUAACUUUAUGAGGUGGAUUUGCCUGUCUUUGCAUUGAGUUCAUUUUAGUUUUCACUCGUUAGCAUUUAGCUAACAGCAUCUACGUGAUUUCGCUAUUACUUGUGCUAAAUUUGUUAGCAUUCUGGUAAUAGAGGCCCAAUGGACUUUUCUGCCAUUUUUAACGGCCUCUUGUGUGCUAUGCCGGUAAUACCGUAAAUCCCGGGAUGGCAGAAUAACGGUAUGAAAAUCUGGAUACUGCCCAAGCCUAGUUAGGGAAAAUAGGAUUUUGAAUUGUAAUCAAUUGUUUGGUCCCCACAAGGAUAGUAAAACAAAUGUGUGUGUAUCAGUGGAGGCUGGUGGGAAGAGCUAUAGGAGGAUGGGCUCGUUGUAAUGGCUGAAAUGGAAUUUAUGGAACGGAGUCAAAUGUGGUUUCCGUAUGUUUGAUACCAUUCCAUUUAUUCCAUUCCAGCCAUUACAAUGAGCCCGUCCUCCUAUAGCUCCUCCUACCAGCCUCCAGUGGUGUGUAUGUUUGUGUGUGUGAGCGCAUGCGGAAGCGCGUGUGGGAGUGAGUUUCUUUUUGCAUGUAUGUGUCCGCAUGCGUUAGUCUGUCUAUUUGUCGAGCUAGGUGUCAGCUGUCACGUUCCUCUGUAUCCUCCGCCUCCUCAUGCUUCUCUGGGCCUUAUUGAUUAAUGUUCUCAUGUCUGGAUCAGGUCCCCACUGUAUCCCUCCUGAUCCUCCCUGUCCUUAUCUACUUCACUCAGGCACCAGACGCCAUCAAUUUCCAUCCCGGAGUCCACCCGGACCAAAGAAAAGGAGGAGAAAGCAGGCCCAGAUAAAGGUCUAGCGGGUGCGUGUUGCUCGUCCCAAAAACCUGAUAGGCAGUAGAGGAUAUAUACAGUGAAUGGACGCCCCCAUCUCCCAUGUCUUUCAUUUCUGUUAUACCAGUUUGUUUAUUGACCAAAUUAUGUACAGUGGAGCCACAUCAGCAUGUUUUUACAUGAAAGGCAAAUGGAAUUGAAUUCCCUAAAUACAAUACUAACUGAAAUAUAUAUGAUGUUCAAAUAUUUACACUAGUGCGAGAUACAGUACAGCUAUAGUAUAUGUAAUGGAACAUAUAAUUUACCAAAUAGCCAACUGGACCUGGGCUUAAGAGACCCAUUUCAGAUGGUGAUUUAUACUUUGGAUUUCCCCUCGCACCAUUACAUGUAUAAGUAUACACUGAGUGUACAAAACAUUAGGAACACCUUCCUAAUAUUGAGUUGCUCUUAGGGCUGUGGUGGUCAUGACAUUUUUUCAGCCAGUGGUUGUCAAGCAAAUAACUGCCAGUCUCACGGUAAUUGACCGUUAAUUAACAUAAAAUAAAAUUUAUAUAAACACAUUUAGCAUCUCCUGGCUUGCACACAUAGCCUACAAGCCACUGAUGCAGACCUUUGGAACAGUUACAUUAAAUAAAUAUAUAUAUAUAUAUAUAUAUAUAUAUAUAUAUAUAUAUAUAUAUAUAUAUAUAAUAAAUCCAUUGCCUACACCUUCACAAUAAAUCCAUUACGUAUUUUAGACGGAUCUGAAGAUAUUUCAGAAGAGCAGAAUAGCAUACUCCUUGUCCUUAUGUUAGGCCCUGAUCUGGCUAUGCCAUAUGGCUGUGGGCUACACUAGUUCAUUUAGCAGACAAGAUUUGCUUGGAAUUCCGUGGCAUUAUUUUAUAGUAUGUAGUAUGAAGAAUGCAAUUGAACAUAGCUGAAUAAAUUCUGUGUUGACCGGUUAACAAAUAUAUCCUGAAUUUAGAGUUAUUUAUGCAAAUGUAGUUGUGAUCAAAACAUAUAGCCCAACGUUUGUAUUUUUAAUAAGUUGCAUGAAAGGCAUGAGCUCUGCUUUGUUAUUUGCGCAGGUUGUACACAUUUAAUCUGUGUCUUAUUCACAACACUUGAUAAUGCCUCGAAUUUCCCAGCGGCAUACCCUUUGUGUGGCCAUAAUGCCACCUAAAAACAACCAUGCCUUUUGCGGCCGUUAUGCCCUUGGGCUGAAUAGAAUAAUUAUAAUUCCCUUAUCCCGGCUGCGUGCUCCGAAGCACCUCUCACUCACAUGGGUCUCUCAGAUAGCUCAAUUCUUAUUAGCCAAUGCCCGUCACGUGAUCAGCUCUUUCUCACAGGCUUUUCGUCAGCCAACAAGAUGAGUACAUUUUUACAUUUUAGUCAUUUAGCAGACACUCUUAUCCAGAGCGACUUACAGGAGCAAUUAGGGUUAAGUGCCUUGCUUAAGGGCACAUCGACAGAUUUUUCACCUAGUCGGCUCGGGGAUUAGAACCAGCGACCUUUCGGUUACUGGCACAACGCUCUUACCCACUAAGCUACCUGCUGCCUAACGAACAGUAGGCCUAACGAACAGCAAAAGCACUAGCCUAUCAACUUUUGUACUAUGGGGGAUAGUAGAUUGACAUAGGCUGCUAUGUCAAUCUACUAUCUCCCAUAGUACAAAAGUUGACCUAUUCUGUGCGAGAAAUAAAUAUUCCAAAAAUAGUCUGGGACAGUUGUGGGAUGCGAUAGAUCUCAAAUGAAUACAGUAUAACCACUAGCAUCCCUCCAAAAAUGUAAGCAAUGAGGCUGAUGCAACAGAUCAGAACGUUUAGCUUAGAAUGUUGAUAAACUAUUAGGCUUUUUCUUCACAUUAUAAGCGCAGCAAUGUGCACACGGCAGUAGGCUAUAAGCACGAAUGUUCCAAAAUGCAAUCAAUUAGCGGGAAAACACCAUUUUCAAAAGUGACCGCUAAUGCGAUUAUGCAUGUAAUGCCUUUAUUAUAAAGGUACAUUUUUAUGGUGAAAAUUAUCUUCCCCAAACUUGAAACUUACGCGCUGUGUAUGUAUGCCAGUUAGGCUGUACACUGUUGUAAAGUGAAUGAAUGUGCUUAAAUUUAAGAAGUUAUUUGGCCACUUUAGUUGUGAUAUAAACCUUAUCAAAACAUAUAGGCCUAUGGGCUAGGCUACAUGAGGUGUGCGACUAUGAUUUGAAAAAGUUGCACAAAAAAAAGCAUGCGCUGUUUCAUGCCUUACUGCACACAAGCUGGGCAUCACUCACAAGUGAUAAUAUAUCAUUCACAAGUGAGUUAGCAAGUUUGGUAGGCUACUAAUGACCAUCAGCAGCAUCAGAGCUUGGAGAAGCCUAAUUACAGUAACUAAACGGUCACGUGGAAUUUGACUGCCAUCAUGACUCGUGAUUGCCGGUGUGGCGGUAAUACGGUCACCGUAACAGCCCUAGUUGCACCCCCUUUUGCCCUCAGAACAGCCUCAAUUCGUCUACAAGGUGUUGAAAGCGUACCACAGGGAUGCUGGCCCAUGUUGACGCCAAUGCUUCCCACAGUUGUGUCAAGUUGGCUGGAUGUCUUUUGGGUGUUGACCAUUCUUGAUACACACGUUAAACUGUUGAGUGUGAAAAACCCAGCAGCGUUGCAGUUCUUGACACACUCAAACCGGUGUGUCUGGCACCUACUACCAUAACCCGUUCAAAGGCACUUACAUUUUUCGUCUUGCCCAUUUACCCUCUGAAUGGCACAAACACAAUCCAUGUCUCAAUUGUCUCAAGGCUUAAAAAUCCUUCUUUAACCCGUCUCCUCCCCUUCAUCUACACUGCUUGAAGUGGAUUUAACAAGUGACAUCAAUAAGGGAUCAUAGCUUUCACAUGGAUUCACCUGGUCAGUCUAUGUCAUGGAAAGAGCAGGUGUUUCUAAUGUUUUGUAUAAAGUACAGUGGGGAAAAAAAGUAUUUAGUCAGCCACCAAUUGUGCAAGUUCUCCCACUUAAAAAGAUGAGAGAGGCCUGUAAUUUUCAUCAUAGGUAUAUGUCAACUAUGACAGACAAAAUGAGAAAAAAAAAUCCAGAAAAUCACAUUGUAGGAUUUUUAAUGAAUUUAUUUGCAAAUUAUGGUGGAAAAUAAGUAUUUGGUCACCUACAAACAAGCAAGAUUUCUGGCUCUCACAGACCUGUAACUUCUUCUUUAAGAGGCUCCUCUGUCCUCCACUCGUUACCUGUAUUAAUGGCACCUGUUUGAACUUGUUAUCAGUAUAAAAGACACCUGUCCACAACCUCAAACAGUCACACUCCAAACUCCACUAUGGCCAAGACCAAAGAGCUGUCAAAGGACACCAGAAACAAAAUUGUAGACCUGUACCAGGCUGGGAAGACUGAAUCUGCAAUAGGUAAGCAGCUUGGUUUGAAGAAAUCAACUGUGGGAGCAAUUAUUAGGAAAUGGAAGACAUACAAGACCACUGAUAAUCUCCCUCGAUCUGGGGCUCCACGCAAGAUCUCACCCUGUGGGGUCAAAAUGAUCACAAGAACGGUGAGCAAAAAUCCCAGAACCACACGAGGGGACCUAAGGAAUGACUUGCAGAGAGCUGGGACCAAAGUAACAAAGCCUACCAUCAGUAACACACUACGCCGCCAGGGACUCAAAUCCUGCAGUGCCAGGCGUGUCCCCCUGCUUAAGCCAGUACAUGUCCAGGCCCGUCUGAAGUUUGCUAGAGUGCAUUUGGAUGAUCCAGAAGAGGAUUGGGAGAAUGUCAUAUGGUCAGAUGAAACCAAAAUAGAACUUUUUGGUAAAAACUCAACUCGUCGUGUUUGGAGGACAAAGAAUGCUGAGUUGCAUCCAAAGAACACCAUACCUACUGUGUAGCAUGGGGGUGGAAACAUCAUGCUUUGGGGCUGUUUUUCUGCAAAGGGACCAGGACGACUGAUCCGUGUAAAGGAAAGAAUGAAUGGGGCCAUGUAUCGUGAGAUUUUGAGUGAAAACCUCCUUCCAUCAGCAAGGGCAUUGAAGAUGAAACGUGGCUGGGUCUUUCAGCAUGACAAUGAUCCCAAACACACCGCCCGGGCAACGAAGGAGUGGCUUCGUAAGAAGCAUUUCAAGGUCCUGGAGUGGCCUAGCCAGUCUCCAGAUCUCAACCCCAUAGAAAAUCUUUGGAGGGAGUUGAAAGUCAGUGUUGCCCAGCGACAGCCCCAAAACAUCACUGCUGUAGAGGAGAUCUGCAUGGAGGAAUGAGCCAAAAUACCAGCAACAGUGUGUGAAAACCUUACAGAAAACGUUUGACCUGUGUCAUUGCCAACAAAGGGUAUAUAACAAAGUAUUGAGAAACUUUUGUUAUUGACCAAAUACUUAUUUUCCACCAUCAUUUGCAAAUAAAUUCAUAAAAAAUCCUACAAUGUGAUUUUCGGGAUUUUCUUUCCUCAUUUUGUCUGUCAUAGUUGACGUGUACCUAUGAUGAAAAUUACAGGCCUCUCUCAUCUUUUUAAGUGGGAGAACUUGCACAAUUGGUGGCUGACUAAAUACUUUUUUUCCCCACUGUAUGUUGUAUGGAUUUUGCGAUCACAUUUUAUUUUCACUGUAUACCCAUGUGUGAAUGGCAACAAAAUGACUAUAUAUACACUAAUAUAAACAGUUUCACAGCAAGCUGAGCAUAUUGUAUUGACGUUUGUACACUGUGUGUGUGCACAUAUGUGUCUGUGUCUGUUUGUGUGUACAGUGGGGUCUCCUGCAGAGCUCGGGGAGUAUGUCGUGCUCCUGGCUGACUGGAUGCUCAUGGAACUACCUCUGGAAGCGUUGGCCAUCCUGCAAGAAGAGGGGCUGAGCUCUGUAUCUCGUGACUUCUCACUGCAACUCCUCCACACUCGCCUGCAGAGAGAGGAACCAGGUGAGGGGUUACACACACACACACACACACACACAGACACACACACACACACACACACACACACACAGGGAGUUCUUAGUUGCAAUUCAGUUUUCAUUCUAUUUCAUUUCAAAACACAGCAAAUCUUCAUUAGCCUGCCCACACUAGUCGUAUUAAAGGAAGGUAGACUCCGCGAUAUGACGUAGAUGUAGAAAGUAAACAGCAUAGUGCGUCAGUUUCCGCAACAACUAAGAGCAUUGAAGCGCGAAGCUCAACUUCUCCUCUGUUUUGGUGCCCUGGCUACCACGCUGUUAACAGUGUGAAACAAACCUGUGCACAUGCGCAGAUACUGUGUGUGACUGUGCGAGAGCGAAGUGUUGCCUCCCCUUCAUUGCAAUAUCUCCGGUGCUGCUUGUGGCAAUGUCAUUUAGCUGAGUCUACCUUUAACAAAAAUAUUAUUUAAAGUAGUUCAUCACACAUGCAUAAAUUAGGCAACUUGCAAACUUUGCAAGUGCAAAUUAGCUAAUCUCCUGCUGACUGUUGGUUUGUGGGCAUGGAAGUCGUGAGGUAUUUUAGGCAAGUCUAAGCCCGUCCAGAGGGUUUUGUUCUCUACAAGCAUUUAAUCUAUUCUUACCCCUCCAUCCAAUUGGCAAAGCUUCAUUAAACUUUUUGGAAUACUAAUGAUGUUUUCAUGACAUAAUUUGUUCAGGCAGAUUAACAUCCUCUCCCAUACUGUAAUCUUUUUUUUUUUUUUUUUUUUUUUUUUUUUUUUCGGGGGGAUGGAUCAGCUUAAUAUUGCAGAUAGAUUGUAUCUUCUAUCAAUGUAAUUGUCUGCAUCACUUCCAAUCCCCCAUGUUUAUUUUUAUUUUUUAUAUAUAUUCCCCUUUAUUACUUUUCAACCCCACCAUCCUUUCCCUACUUGGAGUAAAUUAGUGAACAACAACGCCCAGGCCUCUACUUUCGGUCUACUGUAAUCUUGUUAAACCUCCGGUAGAAUGACUUUGACCGUGUUUGCAUGGCUACAACACUCUAUUCCAGCCAUACUCAAUAGGCGGACUGUGGUCCGGACCCGGACCGCAGUCGGGCUUUAAUCUUACUGUUGAGUGAAAGUUACUGUAAUAAAAGAAUGCACAAGGUGCAAUUUCGAAAUCAACUAGCCCAUGUCAGCAUUUUUGUUUUUAGGCAGGUAAGUUAGCUGGUUAGCCUAUCUAAACCUUGUAGUUCUCAUGGCCAAAUUCUGUGCUGAGGCCCCCAUUUGAUUUGGUUGUAAUGUUUGAGUCACUCAGAUAUCAUAUGAACACACAUAAGACAUGGAAAAAUGUGUAGAAUUGCAGGAAAUAAGCUUUAAAAUGGCAAAAUGUUCCCUCCGCCAACGAGGGUUGUGAACCGUUUGUGUUUGUGUAUGAAAAAUGUAUGCACUCACUAACUGUAAGUCGCUCUGGAUAAGAGCGUCUGCUAAAUGACUAAAAUGUAAAUGUAAGUUGAAGUUUUAUUAUCGCAUGCACAAGUACAGUGAAAUGCUUAACUUGCAAGUUUUACCCACAGUGCAGUAAUCAAUGUCAAAAUAGAAUUUAAAAAAAAAAAUAUAUAUAUAUAUACACUACCGUUCAAAAGUUUGGGGUCACUUAGAAAUGUCCUUGUUUUCAAAAGAAAAGCAAUUUUUUGUCCAUUAAAAUAACAUCAAAUUGAUCAGAAAUACAGUGUAGACAUUGUUGAUGUUGUAAAUGGCCAUUGUAGCUGGAAACGGUUGAUUUUUAAUGGAAUAUCUACAUAGGCGUACAGAGGCCCAUUAUCAGCAACCAUCAGUCCUAUGUUCCAAUGGCACGUUGUGUUUGCUAAUCCAAGUUUAUCAUUUUAAAAGGUUAAUUGAUCAUUAGAAAACCCUUUUGCAAUUAUGUUAGCACAGCUGAAAACUGUUGUGCUGAUUAAAGAAGCAAUAAAACUGGCCUUCUUGAGACUAGUUGAGUAUCUGGAGCAUCAGCAAUUGUGGGUUCGAUUACAGGCUCAAAAUGGCCAGAAACAAAUAACUUUCUUCUGAAACUCAUCAGCACAAGUAUAAAUGUAAACUAAAAUGACUGACAACUGUUCAAUAACUGCACUACUAAAGUGUCCUAUAUACAGUAUCAAACCUUUAUCCCUAAAAUAUACUUACUGACCUGGACACUUAACAACAGCAACACAAUUUCCUGUAACAAGUAGCAAAUUACGUCCUGUGCCCUAAGACAGAGAACAUUUCUGUUGCAGACAGGUUACAUUUCAGAAAGAUCAAGUUUGUCAGCGUUCUUGCACUGAGCCUGGCAUGAUGAGGGCACAUGAUGAGACCUCCAUGACUAAACACUCUCUCCACUGGGGCACUGGUGGCAGGCACAGCCAACCUGCUUGAGCCUUGGAAAGUCUUUUGCAUGGAUUUUCCAAAAAUCCAAGCAAUCAACUUCAAUUUCAUCAGAAGAUACUUGAACGUAGCGAAUAAUCUCUGCUCUGACAGAUGACUUUAUAUCUUGCUGAUCUUGCUGAUCUUGUUGCGGUAGCCAGACAACAGUCUGGAGGUUUCGGCAGGUGGUUGUUGUUCUUCUUCUCCACUACUGCUCUCCGUAACGGUGACUAUCCGUGCCUCAGCCAAAACAAGGUCUGAAAAAAAUUCAUAAAAUUAUGUAUAUAAUCAAGAAUAUAACAGUAUACAUUAUACAUUAAAUCAAAUCAUUAUUAUUUGAAUGCAAGUGACAUAGAAAAUGUUGCAUGUUGCAAUGCAUUGUACCUACCAAUCAGACUCUCCUUCAAUUCAGCUUUAUCUUCAUGUGGUAUGAGGACAUCAUGAUCAAGCCAGAACAGCAGUGCAGCCAUUAUGUAUACAUUUUCACCAAAUGGAAGUUUAGUUGCAUGUUCAUCCGUGUGCUCCAUUCUGACAUUCACAAACACCCCCUCUGCGUUUGAGUGACUGCUGCAGUGCUUUUGCUCACCUUCGAUGGCCACUGGCACGCUGGAGAAGUGUGCUCUUCACGGAUGAAUCCCGGUUUCAACUGUAUCGGGCAGAUGGCAGACAUUGUGUAUGGCGUUGUGUGGGCGAGCGGUUUGCUGAUGUCAACGUUGUGAACAGAGUGCCCCAUGGUGGCGGUAGGGUUAUGGUAUGGGCAGGCAUAAGCUACGGACAACAAACACAAUUCAAUUUUAUCGAUGGCAAUUUGAAUGCAUUCCUGGAAGCUGAAAAUGUCCCUGUUCUUCCAUGGCUUGCAUACUUACCAGACAUGCCACCCAUUGAGCAUGUUUGGGAUGCUCUAGAUCAACGUGUACGUCAGCGUGUUCCAGUUCACGACAAUAUCCAGCAACUUCGCACAGCCAUUGAAGAGGAGUGGGACAACAUUCCAUAGGCCACAAUCAACAGCCUCAUAAAACUCUAUGCGAAUGAGAGGUUGCGCUGCAUGAGGCAAAUGGUGGUCACAUCAGAUACUGACUGGUUUUCUGAUCCAUCCCCUACCUUUUUUUUAAGGUACUAUAUAUAUACAGUGGGGAAAAAAAGUAUUUAGUCAGCCACCAAUUGUGCAAGUUCUCCCACUUAAAAAGAUGAGAGAGGCCUGUAAUUUUCAUCAUCGGUACACGUCAACUAUGACAGACAAAAUCAGAAAAAAAAAUCCAGAAAAUCACAUUGUAGGAUUUUUAAUGAAUUUAUUUGCAAAUUAUGGUGGAAAAUAAGUAUUUGGUCAAUAACAAAAGUUUCUCAAUACUUUGUUAUAUACCCUUUGUUGGCAAUGACACAGGUCAAACGUUUUCUGUAAGUCUUCACAAGGUUUUCACACACUGUUGCUAGGGUAUUUUGGCCCAUUCCUCCAUGCAGAUCUCCUCUAGAGCAGUGAUGUUUUGGGGCUGUCGCUGGGCAACACAGACUUUCAACUCCCUCCAAACAUUUUCUAUGGGGUUGAGAUCUGGAGACUGGCUAGCCCACUCCAGGACCUUGAAAUGCUUCUUACGAAGCCACUCCUUCGUUGCCUGGGCGGUAUGUUUGGGAUCAUUGUCAUGCUGAAAGACCCAGCCACGUUUCAUCUUCAAUGCCCUUGCUGAUGGAAGGAGGUUUUCACUCAAAAUCUCACGAUGCAUGGCCCCAUUCAUUCUUUCCUUUACACGGAUCAGUCGUCCUGGUCCCUUUGCAGAAAAACAGCCCCAAAGCAUGAUGUUUCCACCCCCAUGAUUCACAGUAGGUAUGGUGUUCUUUGGAUGCAACUCAACAUUCUUUGUCCUCCAAACACGACGAGUUGAGUUUUUACCAAAAAGUUCUAUUUUGGUUUCAUCUGACCAUAUGACAUUCUCCCAAUCCUCUUCUGGAUCAUCCAAAUGCACUCUAGCAAACUUCAGACGGGCCUGGACAUGUACUGGCUUAAGCAGGGGGACACGUCUGGCACUGCAGGAUUUGAGUCCCUGGCGGCGUAGUGUGUUACUGAUGGUAGACUUUGUUACUUUGGUCCCAGCUCUCUGCAGGUCAUUCACUAGGUCUGGUUCUGGGAUUUUUGCUCACCGUUCUUGUGAUCAUUUUGACCCCACGGGGUGAGAUCUUGCGUGGAGCCCCAGAUCGAGGGAGAUUAUCAGUGGUCUUGUAUGUCUUCCAUUUCCAAAGAAUUGCUCCCACAGUUGAUUUCUUCAAACCAAGCUGCUUACCUAUUGCAGAUUCAGUCUUCCCAGCCUGGUGCAGGUCUACAAUUAUGUUUCUGGUGUCCUUUGACAGCUCUUUGGUCUUGGCCAUAGUGGAGUUUGGAGUGUGACUGUUUGAGGUUGUGGACAGGUGUCUUUUAUACUGAUAACAAGUUCAAACAGGUGCCAUUAAUACAGGUAACGAGUGGAGGACAGAGGAGCCUCUUAAAGAAGAAGUUACAGGUCUGUGAGAGCCAGAAUUCUUGCUUGUUUGUAGGUGACCAAAUACUUAUUUUCCACCAUAAUUUGCAAAUAAAUUCAUAAAAAAUCCUACAAUGUGAUUUUCUGGAUUUUUUUUCUCUCAAUUUGUCUGUCAUAGUUGACGUGUACCUAUGAUGAAAAUUACAGGCCUCUCUCAUCUUUUUAAGUGGGAGAACUUGCACAAUUGGUGGCUGACUAAAUACUUUUUUUCCCCACUGUGUGUAUAUAUAUAUAUAUAUAUAUAUAUAUAUAUAUAUAUAUAUAUAUAUAUAUAUAUAUAUAUAUAUAUAUAGUAGUCAAAAGUUUGGACACACCUAUUCAUUUCAGGGUUUUUCUUUAUUUUGACUAUUUUCUACAUUGUAGAAUAAUAGUGAAGACAUCAAAACUAUGAAAUAACACAUAUGUAAUCAUGUAGUAACCAAAAAAGUGUUAAACAAAUCAAAAUAUAUUUAGCCACCCUUUGCCUUGAUGACAGCUUUGCGCACUCUUGGCAUUCUCUCAACCAGCUUCAUGAGGUAGUCACCUGGAAUGCAUUUCAAUUAACCAGUGUGCCCUGUUAAAUUGUGGAAUGACUUUCCUUCUUAAUGUGUUUGAGCCAAUCCGUUGUGUUGUGACAAGGUAGGGUUGGUAUACAGAAGAUAGCCCUAUUUGGUAAAAGACCAAGUCCAUAUUAUGGCAAGAACAGCUCAAAUAAGCAAAGAGAAAUGACAGUCCAUCAUUACUUUAAGACAUAAAGGUCAGCCAAUAUGGAACAUUUCAAGAACUUUGAAAGUUUCUUCAAGUGCAGUCGCAAAAACCAUCAAGCACUAUGAUGUAACUGGCUCUCAUGAGGACCGCAACAGGAAUGGAAGAACCAGAGUUACCUCUGCUGCAGAGGAUAAGUUAAUUAGAGUUACCAGCCUCAGAAAUUGCAGCCCAAAUAAAUGCUUCACAGAGUUCAAGUAACAGACACAUCUCAACAUCAACUGCUCAGAGGAGACUGUGUGAAUCAGGCCUUCAUGGUCGAAUUGCUGCAAAGAAACCACUACUAAAAGGACACCAAUAAGAAGAGACUCGCUUGGGCCAAGACAAUGAGGAAUCGACAUUAGACCAGCCCAAAUUGGAGAUUUUUGGUUCCAACCACCAUGUCUUUGUGAGACGCGGUGUAGAUGAACGGAUGAUCUCCGCAUGUGUAUUUCCCACCGUAAAGCAUGGAGGAGGAGGUGUUGUGGUGUGGGGGUGCUUUGCUGGCGACACUGUCUGGGAUUUAUUUAGAAUUCACUUAACCAGCAUUGCUACCACAGCAUUCUGCAGCGAUAUGACGUCCCAUCUGGUUUGGGCUUAGUGGGACUGUCAUUUGUUUUUCAACAGGACAAUGACCCAACACACCUCCAGGCUGUGUAAGGGCUAUUUGACCAAGAAGGAGAGUGAUGGAGUGCUGCAUCAGAUGACCUGGCCUCCACAAUCCCCCGACCUCAACCAAAUUGAGAUGGUUUGGGAUGAGUUGGAACGCAGUUUGAAGGAAAAGCAGCCAACAAGUGCUCAGCAUAUGUGGGAACUCCUUCAAGACUGUUGGAAAAGCAUUCCAGGUGAAGCUGGUUGAGAGAAUGCCAAGAGUGUGCAAAGCUGUCAUCAAGGCAAAGGGAGGCUACCUUGAAGAAUCACAAAUAUAAAAUAUAUUUAGAUUUGUUUAACACUUUUUUGGUUACUACAUGAUUCCAUAUGUGUUAUUUCAUAGGUUUGAUGUCUUCACUAUUAUUCUACAAUGUAGAAAAUAGUCCAAAUAAAGAAAAACCCUUGAAUGAGUAGGUGAGUCCAAACUUUUGACUGGUACUGUAUAUAUAAAAGUAUGUGGACACCCCUUCAAAUUAGUGGAUUAGGCUAUUUCAGCCACAGCCGUUGCUGACGUGUAUAUAAUCGAGCACACAGCCAUGCAAUCUCCAUAGGAAACUUCGGCAGUAGAAUGGCCUUACUGAAGAGCUCAGUGACUUUUAACGUGGCAUCGUCAUAGGAUGCCACCUUUCCAACAAGUCAGUUCGUCAAAUGUCUGCCGUGCUAGAAUUGCCCCGGUCAACUGUAAGUGCUGUUAUUGUGAAGUGGAAACGUCUAGGAGCAACAACGGCCCAGCCGCGAAGUGAUAGGCCACACAAGCUCACAGAUGGGACCUCCGAGUGCUGAAGCGCGUAAAAAUCGUCUGUCCCUCAGUUGCAACACUCACCACCGAGUUCCAAACUGCCUCUGGAAGCAACGUCAGCACAAUAACUGUUUGUCGGGACCUUUAUGAAAUAGGUUUCCAUGGCCGAGCUACCGCACACAAGCCUAAGAUCACCAUGCACAAUGCCAAGCGUCGGCUGGAAUGGUGUAAAGCUCGCUUCCUAUGUUUGUCUAUGGAGAUGACAUGGCUGUGUGCUCAAUUUUAUACACCUGUCAGCAACGGCUGUGGCUGAAAUAGCCGAAUCCACUAAUUUGAAGGGGUGUCCACAUACUUUUGUAUAUAUAGUGUACGUCUUUACUAUUAGACCCACGAAUGUCAUGGUUUAAUUCACAUUACGCAUUUAAUUUGCACUCUGGGAAACAGGAUGAUGGUAUCAAUCCUAUAAAUGUGUUCGCCUGGCACCUACUACCAUACCCCGUUCAAAGGCACUUAAAUAUUUUGUCUUGCUCAUUCACCCUCACAUAUACAAUCCAUGUCUCAAUUGUCUCAUGGCUUAAAAAUCCUUCUUUAUCCUGUCUCCUCCCCUUCAUCUACACUGAUUGAAGUGGAUUUAACAAGUGACAUCAAUAAGGGAUCAUAGCUUUCACCUAGAUUCACCUGGUCAGUCUGUCAUGGAAAGAGCAGGUGUUCUUAAUGUUUUGUACACUCAGUGUAUGUCACAUACAGUCAGGUCCAAAAUUAUUGGCACCUCUGAUAAAGAUGAGCAAAAACGACUAUAAAAUCAAUAAAACAAAUGCUGAGCUAUAUUGUAUGCUUAAAAUAAUUUAUUUCAUACUAAUACAAUUGCUCAGAGAAAUUGAUUUAGUUUAGUAAGUAAUAUUUUAUUUUCUACAUAAUAUAGGGGUCAAAAUUAUUGGAACCCCUGUUUUCAAUACCUUUCAAUACCUCACCUUGUGAGGAUAACAGCACUGAGUCUUUUCUAAAAUGUUUUCUGAGAUUGGAGAACACAUUGAGAGGGAUCUUAGACCAUUCCUCCAUACAGAAUCUUUCCAGAUCAUUGAUAUCCUUCGUCUGUGCUUAUAGACUGCCCUUGAUAUCCCUUCAAUUUAAAACAAUUUAUAUUACUUGUUAAACAAAAUCUAUUUCUCUGAGCAAUUGUAUUAGUAUAAAGUAAUAUAAUUUCCAUUUGUAUUAGCAUACAAUAUAGCUCAGCAUUUGUAUUAUUUAUUUUAUACAGUCUUUUUUUCUCAUGUUUAUCAAGGGUGCCAAUAAUUUAGACCUGACUGUAUAUGUCUUUACUAAUGCAGAGAGGUCGUGGUACUAUGGGGUUCCGGCUGUGACGUCUUUGGUUGCGUUUGAAGGUUUCUGUGGACAGACUCAGAUAACUAGGCCAAUGUAAUUUAGGUCUUGCCACAGUGCGUCAUAGGUUUAGUUACCCUAUAGGAUAUGCAGACGGAUAUGUAGUGGGUUGUGUGCUUGGCUUGAGGAGAGAGGACCUAUUCCCCUCAUCCCAUAGUACAUUUUUUUCCUAGAAUUGUGACAGAAACAUGGCUUGCAAAAUUCAUACCUGCUUGAACUUUAAACGACAUCAAAAUGAUCAAUCUGUCAGGCUUUGGUUAUCUUACCCCGUCUUGCCUCCUUCAGGUUUUGUUUAUUAAACUUAGCCGAUGAUAAUACUACAACAUAACAUUUCUGAUGAUAAGACUUGAUUGUGUUUUAUUUAUACAUGGAGAUUUGUGAUGCAUCUCGCAGCCUGUCUGGAUGUAAAACAAGUGUAAUAAACAUCAGACAUGCAUUCAACAUUUUGCACCUCUGAAAUGUUCUUCACUUGUAAAAUUACAGUAUGUAAAAAAAAAAAAAAAAAAAAGGUAUUUUCAAGGAUGAUGUUUUCUUAACCUUUGCAAAAAUAUGCACAUUUGGAAUUUCCAAAAGAAAAAGUAGUUUUUUAUAUUAUGUUUGGGCAAUCUUAUCUAACUUUAAAAAGGUUAAAUCAUUUGCAUAACACCAGUGGGUGCUCAAAGGUUACAAACUUAAAUGAGCAGAGACGUACAUAGGACAUUUGGAAUCUGGUGUGUGUGUGUGACGCGUGCACACAGAUGUCGUACUGAUUAGAGAUUGUAUGUGGAUGAGGGUGGCUGGAGUAUAUAUAAAAAAGUGACAUUUACUUUCCACACCUAGGACAAACAUUACCAUAAUUUUGACAUCUAUAGUUUACCAUUGUGUCAAGAAGAUGUAGUGCCUGAAGCACCUUUUGGAAAGGGCUCUUUGAUAUUCAACGCAGUAGUUUGCAUGAAACAUGCACAAAAUGAAUUGGAGCAUACAAAAGACUCCCUUUAGGAAAGCAAUGGUUAUUUUGUUUAGGUAUCUGUCUGUUGUUUCUGGAUUUAAUUAUAAGGUACAUUUACUGAAAAGUAAUAGUACAAAGCCUGACGUUUAAGGGUUCAAUGCUUUGCAAUUCACUAGUUUACUAAUCUCGGUUAACACAGAACUAAAAUCUUGCUUAAUUUGGUCAGACAUAGUCUGUCCACGAGAGAUUACUAGUUCGCAAGUGGUCACUGCAGAAGGAAGUAUUUGUGGGUCAUAGGAAAACUUUCGGAGAGUUGCUCUAUUCUUUCAACGUCUUCAAUGAUACCUAAAUGUUGUUGGCUUUGGCAAUAAACCUGAAAGUAAAGUAAAGUCAUUAGAAUUUCAGUCAAAAUACUUUGUAAUUUAACCCACCAGACAAUUGCUUCCUUUAUUAUUUCUGCAUCCUGUUUGUGGCAGUUGAAAGUGACAACAAAAAGGAGACCAAAGGUGGAAAGGGAGCCAAGGGGAAGGGAGAUCAAAGCAAAGCCAUCAAAAUGGUGAGUUCAGUAAAUUAAUCUGGGCUUGCCAGAUAGAGCCGCAAUAUUACUUUUACCUGCCUUCAGCACAGGCAAUUAUUUAAGUCCCCUUGCUCGCUUGUGACUUCUCAAUCAAUUACAUAAUGUUUCUGUAAUGAUCCUGUGUCUUGCUUCUAAAUCAUAUUUAUCCCGUCACCCUUUCACUCUUGCUCUCUUUCUCUCUCUCUUCCUCUGCCUCUCUUUCUCCCCAUCUAUCUCUCUCUCUCAAUCCCGCCCUCUCUCUCUCCCCCUCUCACUCUCCCUACCCCACUCUCUCACUCCCAAGUCAAAUUUUUCUCUUCCCCUCUUGCUGUCACAGAUGUUUGUUUGGAUGUCUCUAUCCAAUAUUAGUCUACCUGGAUUUAAUCUGUGUUUCUUGUUACCCAGGUGCCAGUCAAUCGUGUCUUGCCCCCCAACACCCUCCCAGUAGACACACACAACUUCAAAUGUAUCUUUUCCUCGUUUGGCUUCAAUAAUGACCUUUAA